AUGGGGAAGCGGAAGUUUUCAGGGUUGGAGGUGACUCUGACAGUCAUGUUCCUGCUGAUGACAACAGUGGCUGUUGCUUUAGUUGUUCUAAUGGCUACUGGGGAGCCUUCGGUCAUCAAAGACGGUGAGAAAACACACAGACACACACACACACACACAGACACACACACACAACACACACACACACACACAAGCACACGCACACAGACACACACACACACACACACACACACAUACAUACAUACAGCAGAGAAAGGGGACAGGGCUGAGGACAGUAAGGGUUGUUUUGGGGGCAUAAGAAAGAACACUGAUAUGGAUAUUAUGACAGCUGUCACUCCAAAUCACAAACAACUUUCUAGAGGUGAGACAAUGCCAACCACAUAGAAACACACACGCACACACACACAAGCACACGCAAACAAACACACAUGCACACACACACAAGCACACGCAAACAAACACACACGCACACACACACAAGCACACGCAAACAAACACACACACACACACAUACAUCCUAACACUCUCUCUCUCUCUCUCUCUCUUUCUCUCUCUCUUCCGGUCACUGCCCAUGGUUUUGGUCUGUAUAUUAGGGAUGAGGCAGAACCAUGCCCCAGUCUGCUUCCACUCAUCCUCUCUCCUUGGUCAAUGUCAUGCCCCAGACAGUCGCUCAAAGGGCAGAUACAUUAGUAACAUCACUUGUAUAAUUAUCCCUACUCCUCACAAAAAAAAACAUUUAAUUUACUCAAUGUCAAGUGAACUCAUGUAUGACUGAGAUUAUUUUUUUGACAGUGCAGAUUUUCAUGAAUUCCAGCCGAAGCCUAAGCUGAAGCCCUGUUGGCUAAUGCUUCUCAGUGGUGAUUUGUGAUUGGUUGUUGGGUCAGUGUUUGAUCAGUAAAAACGUAUUUCCUGUAUGCUCUGACAGAGACUACAGACACCAUGGUUCCAGAAUGUCCCAAUAUUCCCCUGGCGGAGAGAGUCGACUGUUUCCCUGAUGCCGGUGCAUCUAAGGUAUGUUCCCAUGGAGACCUGGGUCCUCUACUCCAGGCCUAAACACAUCUCACCAUUCCUAGAGGAUUUACUUUCCCAUCAUUACUAAACAGAGUGCAGAUAUCAGGAGUACCGAACCCUCCUCCUGGAGAGCUACCCUCCUGCAGGUUUCACAUCAAACCCUGAUCUAGCGUGUCUGGUUAUACUUAGUAGCUGCCCAGCAGGACCUUGAUUAGCUCAAUUAGGAGUUUUACAACUGGGUUGGAGCAAAAACCUGCAUUCCCAGUAGCUGUCAAGGAGGAAGGUUGGCCAACCAUAGCAUACAUAAUACAAACUGCUGCUGCUGAUGAUGAUGAUUCCCUUCCUACCCUAGCUGGGGUGUCAGCAGCGAGGAUGUUGUUGGAGCCCAUUGGACGAGAGAAACGCUCCAUGGUGCUUCUUCUCCACCAAUCACGGCUACUCUGUGGUCAGAGAGGAGCAAUCCAACAGCAACAGUGAGCUCUACCUCCAUAUUUCUCCCCCUCCCCCAUCCCCCCUCUUUCCAUCUCUCUUCUUUUCCAUAUUUCUCCCCCUCCCCCAUCCCCCCUCUUUCCAUCUCUCUUCUUUUCCAUCUUUCUCCCCCUCCCCCAUCCCCCCUCUUUCCAUCUCUCUACCUCCAUCUUUCUCCCCCUCCCCCAUCCCCCCUCUUUCCAUCUCUCUUCUUUUCCAUCUUUCUCCCCCUCCCCCAUCCCCCCUCUUUCCAUCUCUCUUCUUUUCCAUCUUUCUUCCCCUCCACCCAUCCUCCCACCCCCCUCUUUAUUCCAUCUCUCUACCUGCCAUCUUUCUCCCCCUCCCCCCAUCCCCCCCCCUAUUCCAUCUCAUCCUUUCCAAUCUGCUCUUCUUUCCAUCUUUCUCCCCCUCGCCCCCCCUCCACCAUCCCCCCCUCUUUUCCAUCUCUCUACCUCCAUCUUUCUCCCCCUCCCCCAUCCCCCCUCUUUCCACUCUCUUCUUUUCCAUAUUUCUUCCCCCUCCCCAUCCUCCCUCCUUUCCCAAUCUCUCGUCUUUUCCCAUCUUUCUUCUCCCCCCUCCCCCCAUCCCCCCCUCUUCCCAUCUCUCUUCUUUUCAAUCUUUCUCCCCCCUCCCCAUCCCCCCUCUUUCCAUCUCUCUUCUUUUCAAUCUUUCUCCCCCUCCUCCAUCCCCCCUCUUUCCAUCUCUCUUCUUUUCUAUCUUCCUUCCCCCUCCCCCCCCCCCCCUCCCCCUCCCCCCCAUUGUUUAGCAUAUUGCUAAACAUGAUAGACAUAACAGAAUAAAAGUUUUUCCAUUUUCCUACUUGAUAUCACUACUUUAUUCACAGUCAGUCCUGACCCUCAGGAACCAGUAUUUUUUCAAAUGUUAAAAUAAUUCAAAACAUAUCAUGCCCUAUACUAGAAAUUGCUCUUGAAUUUGCCUACAUAGAUUUCUGCUUUUAACUUUUUGCUUGUGAUUGGAGGCUUGUCGGCCCUUCUGAAGAGGAAGGUUGCCCCCUCUCUGUUUGGUGAAGACAUAGAGGAGCUGUCUUUCCAUGCUGACAUGCAGACAGUGAACCGACUCAGAUUCAAGGUACACACACACACACACACACACACACACACAAUAGGACACAUAUUAUAUAAGCACCCAUGUGUACUAUACACACUGACACUUGCAACCUACACCAAAACACACGUCCUCUUGACCCCUGUCCCUGUGUUUUGUCUCCAGAUCACAGAUGCCCACAAACAGCGAUUUGAGGUUCCCCAUGAGCACAUCAAGCCCCCUACCACCCAUCCCUCUGGCCCCCGUAACUACGAGAUAGAGCUCAAACACAACCCCUUCGGCCUCCAAGUACGCAGGGCAGCCACCAAGAAAGUCCUGUGAGUUUCUGUGUGUUUCUGUCUGAUUGUGUGAUCUCAAAAAGUCUCUAUCACAUCCGUCAGUCUAUCUGUCUGUCUCGAAAAGUCUCUGUCACAUCCGUCAGUCUAUCUGUCUGUCUCGAAAAGUCUCUGUCACAUCCGUCAGUCUAUCUGUCGGUCUCAAAAAGUCUCUGUCGCAUCCGUCAGUCUAUCUGUCGGUCUCAAAAAGUCUCUGUCACAUCCGUCAGUCUAUCUGUCGGUCUCAAAAAGUCUCUGUCGCAUCCGUCAGUCUAUCUGUCGGUCUCAAAAAGUCUCUGCCACAUCCGUCAGUCUAUCUGUCGGUCUCAAAAAGUCUCUGUCGCAUCCGUCAGUCUAUCUGCGACACUCCAACCUUGGUACUAAUGCUCUCAGAGAAUACAAGAGAAAACAGCAGCCUAUACAUCUGGUUACAGCAUCACGUUAGACUUGAUCCUCUUAGAGGUGCAUGUAGACCAUGCAGUCACUUCAUUAAUAUGUAUUAUUCUGUCAGGACGCCAAAGACACACGCUCGCACGUCCAUGCACGCACGCACACACACGACACGUUUGUUUUCUGUGUUCCAUGUCAGUCUCCCCUGGUGACCGAGACAGUGUGGUUACGUCUGCAGCCUCCCUCUAAAACCAUUGCACUUUCAACCAGCCAAACGAACCUUUAUACCGUCUCCCUGUUAAACCAUUAUACCUCCAACCAGCCAAACGAACCUUUAUACCGUCUCCCUGUUAAACCAUUACACCUCCAACCAGCCAAACGAACCUUUAUACCGUCUCCCUGUUAAACCAUCACACCUCCAACCAGCCAAACGAACCUUUAUACCGUUUCCCUGUUAAACCAUUACACCUCCAACCAGCCAAACGAACCUUUAUACCGUCUCCCUGUUAAACCAUUACACCUCCAACCAGCCAAACGAACCUUUAUACCGUUUCCCUGUUAAACCAUUACACCUCCAACCAGCCAAAUGAACCAUUAUACUGUCUCCCUGUUAAACCAUUACACCUCCAACCAGCCAAAUGAACCAUUAUACAGUCCCUCUGUAAAACCAUUACACCUCCAACCAGCCAAAUGAACCUUUAUACCGUCUCCCUGUUAAACCAUUACACCUCCAACCAGCCAAAUGAACCAUUAUACAGUCCCUCUGUAAAACCAUUAAAACCAUGAUUAUGACCCCAGUUAAAACCAUGAUUAUGACUCCUGUUAAAACCAUGAUUAUGACUCCUGUUAAAACCAUGAUUAUGACUCCUGUUAAAACCAUGAUUAUGACUCCUGUUAAAACCAAAGUACGACCAAUAUUGAUUAUUUUAGGGCCGAUACCAAUUUUUUUGGGUCAAGGAGGCCGAUGGAUGAUAUUUUAGGCCGAUAUUCAAUAGAAAUAAAAUGUCCCAGAGACAGCCAUGUGUGCAUUAAUAUAUACAGUGAGCUCCAUAAUUCACUGGACAGUGACCAUUCUUUUGUUAUUUUGGUUCUGUACUCUAGCACUUUGAGUUUGAAAGGAUACAAUGACAAUGAGGGUGAAGUGCAGACUGUCAGCUUUAAUUUGAGGGUAUUUUCAUACAUAUCGGAUGAACCGUUUACGAAUUAUAGAAGCUUUUGUACAUGGUCCCCCCCAUUUUCGGGCAUCAAAAAACAUUGGACAGUUUAACAUAAUGUAGAAUAAAGUAAUCAUUGUUAAUAUUUGGUCGCAUAUCCUUUGCAUGCAAUGACUGCUUGAAGUCUGCGAUGCAUCGACAUCACCAGACGCUGGGUAUCUUCCCUGGUGAUGCUCUGCCAGGCCUGUACUGCAGCCAUCUUCAGUUCCUGCUUGUUUCGGGGACUUAUUGCCUUAAGUCUCCUCUUCAGCAUGUAAAAUGCAUGUUCAAUUGGAUUCAGAUCUGGUGAUUGACUCGGCCAGUCAAGGUUUUUCCACUUUUUGGCCAUCAAAAACCCCUUUGUUGCUCUAGCAGUAUGUUUAGGGUCAUUGUCUUGUUGCGUGAUUAAGUGCCGUCCAAUGAGUUUGGAGGCAUUUGGUUUUAUCUGAGCAGAUAAAAUAUUUCUGUAGACUUCAGAAUUCAUUGUUCUACUUCUGUCUGCAGUCACAUCAUCGAUGAAGACAAGUGAGCCUGUUCCACUGGCAGCCAUACAGGCCCAAGCCAUAACACCCCCCUCCACCAUGUUUCAUGGAUGAGGUGGUAUGCUUUGGAUCAUGGGCAUUUCUUUUUUUUCUCCACACUUUUGUCUUUCCAUCACUCUGGUACAUGUUAAUCUUUGUCUCAUCUGUCCACAAUAUUUUUUUCCAGAACUCUUGGGGUUCUUUUAGGUGCUUUUUAGCAAACUGUAAUCUUGCCUUUCUGUUCUUCAGGCUUAUCAGUGGUUUGCAUCUUGUAGUGUACCCUCUGUAGUCCUGCUGGUGUAGUCUUCUGCGUAUGGUAGACUUUGACACAUCUACACCUGCAUCCAGGAGAGUGUUUUUGAUCUGUUGGGCUGUUAUCAGGGGUUUUUUCUUCACCAUAGAGAGUAUUCUCCGGUCAUCCACUACAGUGGUCUUCCUCUGUCUACCGGGUCUUUUGACAUAAUUGAGAUCACCGGUUGUUUUUUUCUUGUUAAUGAUGAACAAAACUGUUGACUUGGGCAUGGCCAGGGUUUUUGCAAUGUUCCUGAAUGAUUGAUUUUCAUUUCUGAGCCUUAUGACGGCCAACUUCAUUUGCAUCGACACUGCUGUCUUCCUCAUGUUGUCACACCCCAAUAACAACCUCCAAAGGCAAUAGCAACGUCUAGAAUCAUUACUAUUCAUCAACAGCUCUCCUGCAUUCACUAACGACACAAAUGAAUACACCUGCCUAACGACACACAUCUGUGAAGCCAAUUUAACAAAUACUUGUAGUACCUUAAAAUGGGGGGACCAUGUACAAAAGGUGCUGUCAUUUCUAAACGGUUCAUCCGAUAUGUAUGAAAAUACCCUCAAAUUAAAGCUGACAGUCUGCACUUCACGCUCAUUGUCAUUGUAUCCUUUCAAACUCAAAGUGCUAGAGUACAGAACCAAAAUAACAAAACAAUGGUCACUGUCCAAUGAAUUAUGGAGCUCACUGUAUAUUUAAAAAUCAAAAACAAUACAUUUGACUUUGUUUUUACAAAUCUUAACUACAUGACAACAUAAUGGGAAAAAUGUUAUUUGAAUGGUAAAUCUCUUGAAAAACUGGGUAAAUUAAGAUGACAUAGGUCUACUCACAAUACAGGUGUAUGCAUAUUCAAUAGGAGUGUGAACAUGCAUUGAGUUAUUGAGUUUGUUUAGGCUGAUCAGUGGAGUCUAUGGUGCUACAGAUUACAAAAAAACUGUUUGCCUUCUAUUUGGGAUAUACAUAGAGUGUACAAAACAUUAAGAACACCUGCUCUUUCCAUGACAUAGACUGACCAGGUGAAUCCAAGUGAAAGCUAUGAUCCCUUAUUGAUGUCACCUGUUAAAUCCACUUCAAUCAGUGUAGAUGAAGGGGAGGAGACAGGUUAAAAAAGGAUGUUUAAGCCUUGAGACAAUUGAGACAUGGAUUGUGUAUGUGUGCCAUUCAGAGGGUGAAUGGGCAAGACAAAAUAUUUAAGUGCCUUUGAACAGGGUAUGGUAGUAGGUGCCAGGUGCACCGGUUUGAGUGUGUCAAGAACUGCAAUGCUGCUGGGUUUUUCACACUCAACAGUUUCCCGUGUGUAUCAAGAAUGGCCCACCACUCAAAGGACAUCCAGCCAACUUGACACAAAUGUGGGAAGCAUUGGAGUCAACAUGGGCCAGCAUCCCUGUGAAACGCUUUUUACAUUUUGUAGUCUAUGCCCCCCAAAAAAUGUUUUCAGCUGUCAGGACGCAUCUCUAAACAGUUCAGCUACAAGGACGAAAUUGGCUAGUUCAGCUAUCUGUCAAGAAAUAGGUUGUAACUUGAGCCUACUGCUACGAUUGGAUAGAGUGAGGUUGUAACUCCACUCCCUUUCACAUCUCCUCACAUCUCUCUCCAUUGCUGUUUACUGUAACUAUGAGAACUAGCUCAAUGGUGAUAACCAGUUAACGUUAGCUAGCUACGGUGGCUAUUAGCUCCCAUCUGAUAUCUUAGCACCAUGUUUAUCUAGCCAACUAGGUAGCAUAGUAGCUAAUAUAGCUAGCUAGCUAAAACCACAGAUGAAAGGGUUAGAUAUCGUUCUUUGCUAACAGGUCACAUAGCUAUCUGCUUAGCUAGCUAGUUUGUUAUUGCGUGCAUGUCCGGGUACGUCGACACAAGCCUUAUUAUUAGUGAAUUAACUAAGCAAAUUUUUUGCAACAGGAGUUCGAUUUUGGUCACUUGUGUCAAUUAAUCCAUGUCUGAAAAUCAUAUGCGUAACCAUGGUAGCAAUUGAAAGGGCACCAUUUGGAGGUAAUGGGGAAAUUAUUAGACCAAAGGUGAGUACACAACACUUCACAAGACUGAAUCCAAACAUUACACUGUUGAUUUUAUGUGCAUUUUACAUUUACUGUACUUUUCGAACACAUUUGUUGAUUUACGAAAUAUGACAAUACUCCGGAUACAUUCAGUAACAUGAUAAGAAUGUUCCUGGAAAAUGUGACGUAGGUGGAACAUAAGACAAAACAAUGAUAAGGGUUUGAGUGAGAGGACUAACUGUUGUCUCCAAUUUCAAUGCACUUUUAUGACUCAAAGAAGAGUCAUAAAAGAGUCACUAUAAGGUGUUUUUUUUAGCUCUCCUGGCUGUGAUGUUGAGGAACUAGAGCAAGAACACUUGUAGUUGUUUCGUUUGGAACACAACCCUGCAUCCCCUCCAUCACACAAUUACUGUUGUUGUUUACGCAAUCCAAAAAACGCCUCUAUUAUAAAUCGCAAUCUGGGUCAGGUGGGCAUGAUUUGAAAGCUUGUUCUAGUGCCAACAUGUCUAGCUAAGUUAUAAAAUACGAUCUUACUGCGUUAUGCUUUCAAAUGGCAAUUCAGAGAAACAGAUCGUAAUGUUGGUGGCCAUAGAAAAGGAGUCCUGAGCUCAUUCAGGUGCGUGUAACAAUGCACAUUUUCUUCACGAUAAUCAAACACAGGCUCAUUCUGUUCAGAACAACCCAGGGUAUGAAGCCAUCUCAUCUGGUAACUGUACAUCAAACAUAGUGAUCAUAAAUGUUGACACUGUAUGUGACAUGAGUUUUUAUGAUUUGGAAAUGUGAAGUGCACAUUUGGGAUUCAUGGGUGUUUGGCUUGCUUGUUUGACAUCAAAGCGGUAUGUAUUAUAAUCCUCAACGUCUCAUCUUUCAAAAUACAUAGAGUCACCUUAACUUAUAGCAUUUCUCUCACUCAGACAACCAAACAUUUGCUAAAGUUUCCCCAAUUAGCCAGAUGGAUGGGGGCUACUUCUUGUCAUGCAAGGUGCUCAAGUUCAGAACAGCUGUCAGUCAAAACCCAUACAGCGCUGUGAAGAGCAGAGCCUGACCUCUGACGUCAUGUAUAGCAUGUUACUGUACAGCCACUGACCUCUGACGUCAUGUAUAGCAUGUUACUGUACAGCCACUGACCUCUGACGUCAUGUAUAGCAUGUUACUGUACAGCCACUGACCUCUGACGUCAUAUAUAGCAUGUUACUGUACAGCCACUGACCUCUGACGUCAUGUAUAGCAUGUUACUGUACAGCCACUGACCUCUGACCUCUGACGUCAUGUAUAGCAUGUUACUGUACAGCCACUGACCUCUGACGUCAUGUAUAGCAUGUUACUGUACAGCCACUGACCUCUGACCUCUGACGUCAUGUAUAGCAUGUUACUGUACAGCCACUGACCUCUGACGUCAUGUAUAGCAUGUUACUGUACAGCCACUGACCUCUGACGUCAUGUAUAGCAUGUUACUGUACAGCCACUGACCUCUGACCUCUGACGUCAUGUAUAGCAUGUUACUGUACAGCCACUGACCUCUGACUUCAUGUAUAGCAUGUUACUGUACAGCCACUGACCUCUGACCUCUGACGUCAUGUAUAGCAUGUUACUGUACAGCCACUGAGCUCUGACCUCUGACUCAUGUAUAGCAUGUUACUGUACAGCACACCUCUGACCUUCCACUCAUGUUGCAUGUUACUGUGCCCAACUAUCUGCCAUUUCAACCAGUAUAUGGCGUACAGCAUAAUCGGCUUACCAAACCAUUAAACACCACCUACUGCGUCUGUUGCAUGUACUGUACAACUGACUAUGACUCAUGAAUAGCAUUUUCACUGUAACCACUAUCUGACCUCUGACGUAUGUAUAGCAUUUACUGUAAGCCACUGCCUUGACCUCUGCUCUUUAGUGUCUAUCUGUCAGCAUGACCCUGCACUGACGUCAUGUAUAGCAUGUUACUGUACAGCCACUGACCUCUGACGUCAUGUAUAGCAUGUUACUGUACAGCCACUGACCUCUGACCUCUGACGUCAUGUAUAGCAUGUUACUGUACAGCCACUGACCUCUGACCUCUGACGUCAUGUAUAGCGUGUUACUGUACAGCCACUGCGUUCCAAUCCAGGUGCUUAUUAGUGCCCAAAUCUGCCAUUUUCAACCCAUAUAUGGGUACGAGUGUAAAGGGCUACAACCAUUAAAACCACUACUGUUGUUGCUGCUGGUAAAUAGGACUGAGUGACAUGCAAAUGAAUUCACUUUUCACUGCUGAAAAUAGGACUUAAUGAGAAGCAUUUAUUAAUUUACUCCUGUGUCUGCUUUUGGUCUAUCUGUCAGCUAUAGAGACACACGUGCACCAUGUACAAGAUAGUACAGGAUGGCACCACUUGUUCAUUUUACCACUUCCUCAAGUGACUUAUCGGAUUUUGUUUAAAUAUACCACAGUGACUGUGUGUUUAAAAGGUAUGACCUUUUGCUUUCCUUUGCCCGAUGUGCUUAUCAGAUGAGUGGCAUUUGGCUCACAGAGAUAGAAAGGGAUAUUGCUUUAUACUGCUUGCUAUAUUGCACAUUGUUGGGUAAUAUUUAUUACAUUACUGGGUAAUGUUUACUACAUUACUGGGUAAUAUUUACUACAUAACUGGUGAUAAGAGUCUUAUCAAUGGAUGUUCUGAUAAAACGGUUUAGAUUCAGCUCUUCAGAUUAAAUGAGCAGGCACAUGUUGAGAAAGAGAGAGAAAAUCAUUGACUGUAGAGAUAAUAGCUAUGAUAAUAUCAGCUUGCUCUCUGACUGUUUGACAGUUGUGUUAUUCGCCACAGCGACACAGGCUUUAAUAACUAACGAGAUUAACCCUUAGUAAUUCCAAUCAAAAACCAUUAACUCUCCACUUUUUUCAACCAUACAUUUACAUUUUAGUCAUUUAGCAGACGCUCUUAUCCAGAGCGACUUACAGUUAGUGAAUACAUAUUUUUUUAAUACUGGUCCUCCGUGGGAAUCGAACCCACAACCCUGGCGUUGCAAACACCAUGCUCUAUCAACUGAGCUACAUCCCUGCCGGCCAUUCCCUCCCCUACCCUGGACGACGCUGGGCAAUUGUGCGCCGCCCAUGAGUCUCCCGGUCGCGGCCGGCUGCGACAGAGCCAUUAGAUUCAAUAGUGCAGUGUUUGGGUGAGCUGUGGUAGGGUCCUGUUCCUGUUCCUGUGAUCCAUCCGUCCAAUUACCAGGAGUCUCUCCAGGUGGACUUCCUGAUGGAGAGGGAGUAUAGAGGUCAUUAUAGCUCACUGUUAUUGAUUCCUCAUCCUACAGCACUUAGUAGGAUGACACCUCUAUCUCUGUCAGGGGGGGUUUCCUGUACAUUGAUUUAGUUUAGACUGUAGUUCACCUAAUGGUAAUCCUUUCGUUGUGUCUCACCAGAGUCAGGAUGUUGGCUGAUGUUUUUCUCACUGUAAUAAAAACAUAAAGGUUGUUAAAAGCAAGCAUACUUGCCCUGCACAUUGCUUACUGUGCACAGACACACCACUCAAUACAUUAUACUGCCCUUGAUCUCUAUCUCUCUCUCUCUCUCUCUCCUCUCUCUCUCUCUCUCUCUCUCUCUCUCUCUCUCUCUCACUCUCUCCCCUCUGUUGAGCAAGGAGGAGGAAGGGUAGGAUAUAUCAAUGUAUGUAUUGUUAGUAAUGUCAGUGGGAUGAAGCUACACAGGCCUCGUUAUGGUGUGUUCUAAUGGUCUGACUGCAGCUAGCUACCUGGAGGGGUUUUCCUCCAUAACAAUGACCUGUCAACAUACUGUACUGUACAGUUCAAUAUAUACCCUGUGUUCUAAUACAACCACUAUCUCCUCUUCUCAACACAAAAAACACCCACCCACCUCCCAACAAACCCAACCCCUCCACUCACACACACACACAGGUUUGACACCACAGUGGGUCCACUGGUGUUUGCUGAUCAGUACCUGCAGCUGUCUGCCAGACUGCCAUCCCAUAAUAUAUACGGGCUGGGAGAACACGUCCAUCAGAACUAUCGUCAUGACACCAACUGGAGGACCUGGCCUAUCUUCACACGAGAUUCAUUUCCUAAUGGGGUGAGUACUGAUAUACACAUACACACACACACACACACACACACACACACACACUUCUGACAUUGAUCAUUCUCCAUCAUCACACAAGCAGCAUGUGUUCUAUAAGGAGCACAGCUCAUAUCUGUCAGCUGCUGUGAACACGGUGUGUGUGUGUGUACAUUCCUUCCCAAAGGGCGGGUAAUUGAAUGUCUUGUAAGCUGAUUAGUUUGUGCCGACACCACAGUCUUCGGAAAGAUGGAUGAGUUUUGAAGAAGGAGAAAGAGCGAUCAGAAGAGAGACGGAGAAGAGCGAGAGAAGAGAGAGAGAGCGAGAGAGAGAAAGAGAGAGAAGAGAGAAGAAGAGAGGAGAGACAAAGAAAAAGCGAGAGAGAGGAGGAGAGAGGAGAGAGAGAGAGAGAGAAAAAGAGAGAAGAGAGAGGAGAGAAGAGCAGAAGAAGAGAGCAGAGAGAGAAGGAGGAAGAGAGAGAGAAAAGAGAGAAGAAGAGCGAGAGAGAGGAGAGAGGAGAGACAGAGAGGAGAAGAGAGAGAGAGGAGAGAGAGAGGAGCAGAGACGAAACAGAUGAGAAGAGAGUACCUCAACGCAAAAAGCAAUUCUAUGAAGAGAGAGAUCGAUAUCCACCUCUCUCUAUGGAUCUCUCUCAUCUCUCUCUCUCCACAAGCUCUCAACAGGACACAACUCCUCUCUCAUCUCUCUCUCCUCUCUCUCUCCCUCUCUCUCUCUCUCUCUCUCCUCUUUGCAUCCCUUUUUUUUUCCCUCUCUCUCUCUCGCUCUCUCUCUCUCUCUCUCUCUCUCUCUCUCUUUUCUUUUCUUUCCUUCAUCCCCCAGGGGACACAUAACCUCUAUGGUCACUAUCCCUACUUCCUCUGUCUGGAGGACGAGAGUGGCAAGUCCUUCGGAGUCUUCCUCAUGAACAGCAACGCUAUGGGUAAAAAACACACACACAUACAGAGUCUACAGAAACACAUGAAUAGUGUUGUUCUGACCAGGUCCAGAUGUGUCUAUUUAUCGGAUCCAGAGAUCAGAAUAUAUCUCAUCACUGUGUGGUUGUGUUUGUGACCCUGUCCAGAGGUGACGCUGCAGCCAGCUCCAGCGGUGACCUACAGAACCAUUGGAGGAGUUCUGGACUUCUACAUCCUGCUGGGAGACACACCUGAACAGGUGGUCCAGGAGUUCCUGGAGGUGAGACAGACUUUCACUCUGAAGCUCAUCAUUUGGAAGUGAUAGGCAUGAAUGCUCUGUGAUACAGUGAUACAUUUGGAAUCAGUGUAUGUGUAAUGUUACAUCUUUCCUGUGUGUGUGUGUGUGUGGUGUGUGUGUGUGUGUGUGGUGUGUGUGUGUGUGUGUGUGUGUGUGGUGUGUGUGUAUGUGUGUGUGUCCAGCUGAUCGGCAUGCCAGUGAUUCCUCCAUACUGGUCUCUGGGCUUCCAGUUGUCUCGUUGGGACUACGGCAGUCUGGAUGAAGUCAAGAGAACCGUGGAGAGGAACCGAGCUGUCGACCUGCCAUAUGUAAGAGCCUUACAGUAGAACUAUGGGUCCUAUAGGCACUAGAUAGGCAGACAUUUAGGAACCAAGUUUCUAUCUUAGAGCUGGAAACCAGUGCAUCUGGGAACUAGAGAACUGUGGAAAACCAUGAGGUACCAGUGAAUUAUAAAGUGAAAACGUACCUAUGUCCACCAAUAACAAAACGGGAGCAACGGAUUAGUAAGUAAUUCCCACCUACCACAAGUAAGGGAAACACUGCUAGGAAUCAUUAGCAAUCAGUUCCACACUGAAAGAUAUAAGCAAAGGACGGUAAUCCACCUACCACCAGAUAGGAUUCAGCUGUAGACUAGAGAUAUCAAGUUCUCUAUCAGAGCUGGACAGGCAGCAGGGUGCUGACCUUUUGGUCUCUGAUAGAAUCUUGUUCCCUGUCAAAUCGGUAGAGUCUGACAGUCUGUUCUCCAGUCCUUCAGGAGUCUCCUGCAGUUGGCAGACAUAUUUACCAUGUGAAAACUAAUCAGCUUCUUGCGAGGAUUUAACUAACCUCCAAGACAAUUGAGAGGUCUAACUUUGACACAAACAAUCACAAAAAAAAAAAACUCAGACAAGACAAGCUUACUCUUUACUCUUUGUUGUUUUAAUAACCACGUCCUUAAUGUCCCCAUUUGACUUUAAGAUACAGCUGGUUGACAGCGGAUAUAUUGAGGGUACAUAUUUGAUAGCGAUCAGUUAGACCACAGAGGGCAUUAGCACAUUAUCCUAAUACGUCUGGAACUGAUUACCAUUAGCGGGGAACUGGCAGGUGCUGGGAACCAUCUGUUAGAGUGAUAUGGAGAGGGACUGCCAAGCCACAGAAUCAAGGCCCAGACCAACAAAAAAAAACAGAAUGUGCUAACACUCUAGAAUCCUCCCAAGGUUCCGCUACACAUUAGCCAAGUCACUAGCACUCACAUCAAGGUCUGAACCUUGCAGGCAUGCCAGUAGGCAUAUGCUAAAGAGGAUGCGUUUAGCUUAUGCAAAGAUGCAAAUAUGUGUGAGGGGAAUGCAUUAAGGUAAUGUAAAAUAUGCUAAUAUCUGAGCAGAUGUGUUUAAGUUGUGCUAAGUUGCAAACAUUUGAGUCUCUGCAUAGUCUCUGAAUUAUCCUAUAUGCAUUACAUUCAUAUUAAGAUGCAUUUAAGGGCAUACAUUUCAGUCAUGCUAAGACGUUAAUAUUAGAAGAUAGGAUUUAAAGAUAAGAUAAGAUGCAGCUUAUUUUGAGUGGAUGAACUGCACUGCACUAAAUACUGCCAAUAUCAUCAUAUUGGAGUAACUUGGACUAAAUGUAUGGUAAACAUGCAACGACGCCGACAAUUGGAGUGGCUGUAAAGACAAAUACUGCGUGAUUAUGACACUUAACAUUCAACACCUAUUGCCUUAAGGAAUGCGUUAUAUCAGACCUAUUACACUAUGAUAGUAUGUGUAUGUUACUAUAUAAGUGAGCAUUUCGCUGUAAGGUCUACACCUGUUUUAUUAGGCACAUGUGACAAAUACAAUUAGAUUAUAUUUUUUGGAUAUUCGCUACCUGCUUCUCUUCUGUCCCAGGACAUCCAGUAUACUGACAUUGACUAUAUGGAAGAGAAGAAGGACUUCACUUAUGAUGAAGUCAAAUUCAAAGACCUCCCUCAGUUCGCUGAUUACUUGCACGAGAAGGGACAGAAGUACAUCCUCAUAUUGGUAAGAAACUCACCUCGAUGUGUUUGACUGUGUUCUUCCUCACUGAGUGUGCUUUAUAAAAACAAUAGAGGUAGCUGAUGAGUCAUGUUCUAGAUGGUGGGAUGCUAGCCAUAGUGGAACGUGCAAGGACAUGCAGGUAUUUAUUAUGGCAUGAAGGGUUAAGGGCUGGUGUAGAUAAGGUAUUUAUUAUGGCAUUAUGGGUUAAGGACUGGUGUAGAUAAGGUAUUUAUUAUGGCGUUAAGGACUGGUGUAGAUAAGGUAUUUAUUUUGGCAAACUCCAAAGUCCUCUUGAUUCGAUAAAUUGAACGAAGUGCUGCGCAUAGCCUAUAUAUGAACGGCCUACAUGUAUCGACUUUCACAGUGAAUGAUUUUGUUUAUACGUUUUGUGCGAAUAUAUUGAACAUCGCCAAAUGUGUCAUUCUAAAAAUGUUGCGCCUCUGGAAUAACGGACAUUCUGGGUAAUACAUGCAUUACCAAGGUCCUGUAGUAAUACUAGUCCCGUGCCAAUAGGGCUAUAGCCUUAGUAAUAACUCUGGCAGAAUUAAGCAUUUCUUGUAGUAAAAUUAUACACCAAAUGUAGGCAAAUUUUUGACUUGGGAGCAGGAGUGGAGAAAUAUGAUUUCUUUAUUUCUGCAUCUUGAGAGAAUGCAAUGUUCAGUUAGAUACCAUCUGUAGAGGUGCUGUCUUCAUCAUAAAAGCAUCAUAAAAGCUGAUAGUAUUUCAACCACAUACAAUAUGCAUCAAAGUCGAACUGAAAUCUUAUCAGAAACACAUUGGGUCGUUUUCACAGCUUUCAUUUUCCUUACAACCGGUGAAACUGACAUCUUUUGGACAUUUUGCUGAAAAUCUUUCCUGUUCUAUUUUUUUAUAUAUUUUUUUGCUUUAUUGUAUUUUCUCCCCAGUCCCUAAACUAGAUGGAAGCACUCAUUCUAUAGAGUUAUGACAUUAUUCUGGUGAUCAAGGGUUUAUUUAGUCGUCCAGGGUAACAUAUAAUGACAGAAGAGAAGCUGCAUGUACAGUGGGGGAAAAAAGUAUUUAGUCAGCCACCAAUUGUGCAAGUUCUCCCACUUAAAAAGAUGAGAGAGGCCUGUAAUUUUCAUCAUAAGUACACGUCAACUAUGACAGACAAAUUGAGAAGAAAAAAAUCCAGAAAAUCACAUUGUAGGAUUUUUUAUGAAUUUAUUUGCAAAUUAUGGUGGAAAAUAAGUAUUUGGUCACCUACAAACAAGCAAGAUUUCUGGCUCUCACAGACCUGUAACUUCUUCUUUAAGAGGCUCCCCUGUCCUCCACUCGUUACCUGUAUUAAUGGCACCUGUUUGAACUUGUUAUCAGUAUAAAAGACACCUGUCCACAACCUCAAACAGUCACACUCCAAACUCCACUUUGGCCAAGACCAAAGAGCUGUCAAAGGACACCAGAAACAAAAUUGUAGACCUGCACCAGGCUGGGAAGACUGAAUCUGCAAUAGGUAAACAGCUUGGUUUGAUGAAAUCAACUGUAGGAGCAAUUAUUAGGAAAUGGAAGACAUACAAGACCACUGAUAAUCUCCCUCGAUCUGGGGCUCCACGCAAGAUCUCACCCCGUGGGGUCAAAAUUAUCACAAGAACGGUGAGCAAAAAUCCCAGAACCACACGGGGGGACCUAGUGAAUGACCUGCAGAGAGCUGGGACCAAAGUAACAAAGCCUACCAUCAGUAACACACUACGCCGCCAGGGACUCCAAUCCUGCAGUGCCAGACGUGUCCCCCUGCUUAAGCCAGUACAUGUCCAGGCCCGUCUGAAGUUUGCUAGAGUGCAUUUGGAUGAUCCAGAAGAGGAUUGGGAGAAUGUCAUUUUUACAUUUUUUUUUACAUUUUAGUCAUUUAGCAGACGCUCUUAACCAGAGCGACUUACAGGAGCAAAAAUAGAACUUUUUGGUAAAAACUCAACUCGUCGUGUUUGGAGGACAAAGAAUGCUGAGUUGCAUCCAAAGAACACCAUACCUACUGUGAAGCAUGGGGAUGAAAACAUCAUGCUUUGGGGCUGUUUUUCUGCAAAGGGACCAGGACCACUGAUCCGUGUAAAGGAAAUAAUUAAUGGGGCCAUGUAUCGUGAGAUUUUGAGUGAAAACCUCCUUCCAUCAGCAAGGGCAUUGAAGAUGAAACGUGGCUGGGUCUUUCAGCAUGACAAUGAUCCCAAACACACCGCCCGGGCAACGAAGGAGUGGCUUCGUAAGAAGCAUUUCAAGGUCCUGGAGUGGCCUAGCCAGUCUCCAGAUCUCAGCCCCAUAGAAAAUCUUUGGAGGGAGUUGAAAGUCUGUGUUGCCCAGCGACAGCCCCAAAACAUCACUGCUCUAGAGGAGAUCUGCAUGGAGGAAUGGGCCAAAAUACCAGCAACAGUGUGUGAAAACCUUGUGAAGACUUACAGAAAACGUUUGACCUGUGUCAUUGCCAACAAAGGGUAUAUAACAAAGUAUUGAGAAACUUUUGUUAUUGACCAAAUACUUAUUUUCCACCAUCAUUUGCAAAUAAAUUCAUUAAAAAUCCUACAAUGUGAUUUUCUGGAUUUUUUUUUCUCAUUUUGUCUGUCAUAGUUGACGUGUACCUAUGAUGAAAAUUACAGGCCUCUCUCAUCUUUUUAAGUGGGAGAACUUGCACAAUUGGUGGCUGACUAAAUACUUUUUUCCCCCACUGUAUCUAAUUAUAGACAAGUUGACUAACAAAUAGCCUACCAAAAUGUUGGGCCUUAGAUUUUCACUUUAUCACAUAUAGUCGGGUGGUUGCGGAUGGGUUAUUAGCAAUUGCGGGCGGGUGCGGGUGAACAAACAGCUGACCCAGGCACCACUAGCGUGCGUGCACAGGAGAGCGCUGGUAAUAGUUUGGUUGGAAUGAGCGUAUCCAUUGUGGCCGCAGUGACGUGGUAGUUAAAUUCUGAGAAGAGUUUGUCUAAUUCUCAGAAUAUUAUUUAUCGUCAUGUUUUCCCUUCCUCAUAUGUGGUCAUUCUAAGACAUUAAUGUAGACAGUGGUUGUGUGGCAACAUGGUAAUGUAAGAGAGAAAGGUGUGGAUAACACACUUACCUGAAGCCAGCUGUUUAUAUAUGAGGAUGGUACGUUCCACAAGCGCAGGCUUCUUGGCACAGAGGUUAUUUAAAGGCCCAGUACAGUCAAAAUUCUGUUUUUCCUGUGUGUUAUAUCAGAUUGUACAAUAGCUGAUGAAACCAACCAACAGUGUUAUUUCCUGAUGGUUGCUGGUUGAAAAUACAAUCUACACAGGACCAUCUAAUCAGCAGGUUUGCAUGGGCGGGAGUUUCGGCUUUCCAUGGUGACAUCACCAUGCGGUAAAUUGUUUAACAGACCAAUAACAAAGAGAGUUCCAAACCUCUUUGCCAAUAACAGCUAGUUUUCAGUUCUCCCCUCCCCACUCAAACCACUCCCAGACAGUCCUAGCAAACGUAUUGCUUGAGAAAUAGUUUUCUGCUAUAAAAAAUGAAAUGAUUGUCUAUUUUAACGGAAAUCUAUUACAAUAAGGUACUUAAUUGUUACCCAAAAUUAUUUGAUAUUGAUAUAAAAACGGCUGCAUUGGGCAUUUAAGUCAGUUGCCUUAAACUCUUCGGGUUGAUAGUUAAGUUAAAUGCAAAGUGAAAAGUUGUGUUUGGUCUCGGGCAUAUGAAGGGGAAAGGAAAGGGGGAAAUUAAGUCAUCCAUGAGUACUCCUGUACCAAGGCCAAUUGGAAAUCGUCUUCCUUCCUGUACCUAGGCCUAUUGGAAAUCGUCUUCCUUCCUGUACCUAGGCCUAUUGGAAAUCGUCUUCCUCCCUGUACCUAGGCCUAUUGGAAAUCAUCUUCCUUCCUGUACCUAGGCCUAUUGGAAAUCAUCUUCCUUCCUCUACCUAGGCCUGAGACACGGUAGCCUACCCUAUGACAAAAUACGAUGCACGCGCCAUCCAAUCAUUUCUCACACAUCAAAGCUCAUUCCCAAUAUAAUAGCCUUUUGUGAGUAGGCCUAUUUUCAAAUGUUUUUGUUGAGUUUAGUGCAGUUUUGCCAAAGAAAAUGCUGUCAGAAUGUUUCCACUGAUUGGCUCGGGGAUUCAAACAUGCAACCUUCCGGUACAAAGAACAUAAUGUAAAAGGCUGUAUCAUUGCUCCUCAGGACCCGGCUGUGGCCAUCAGUAAGAGGAUCAACGGGCCGUAUGAGGCCUAUGACCAAGGAACACUGAAGAAAGUCUGGGUCACUGAGGCUGAUGGAGAGACUCCUCUGCUGGGAGAGGUAGGUGGGAAGGGAAAACCUUGUCAGUUGCACAACUGAAUACAUCCAACAGAAAUGUCUUUCACAGAAAUGUCUUUCACAUUUAACCCAAACUCUUUGAAUCACCUUGCUGGUGGUGGAGGUGGUGGAGGUAGUGGUGGAGGUGGUGGAGGUGGUGGUGGAGGUGGUGGAGGUGGUGGUGGAGGUGGUGGUGUAGUGGAGGUGGAGGUGGUGGUGGUGGUGGAGGUGGUGGAGGUGGUGGUGGGGUGGAGGUGGAGGUGGAGGUGGAGGUGGAGGUGGAGGUGGAGGUGGAGGUGGAGGUGGAGGUGGAGGUGGUGGUGGGGUGGAGGUGGUGGUGGGGUGGAGGUGGAGGUGGUGGAGGUGGUGGUGGUGGUGGUGGUGGUGGUGGUGGUGGAGGUGGUGGAUAUGGUGUGCGCUUGUGUGAUUGAGUGUGUGAGAGAGAGAGGUAGGCUAGUGUUGUUUGUGUUAUGUGUGCAGAGAGAGAGAGAGAGAGUUUACAAAUGUCUAUGGAGCAUAUGAUAUCUCAUGGGUUAAGUCGUGUUUUUUACCCACACAAUUAAGCCUGGCCAAGUGCUAAUAACUUUUUUAUGGUUUUAUAUCAGGUCAAACAUAUGCAUUGAUUCUACGUUAGUGUUCAAUCUCAAACUGUUCUGCAUCACAGGCAAUAUGCUCUGAGAAUUAGUACAGACUGUGUUUACUUACACCAAGUGUGUGUGUGUGUGUGUGUGUGUGUGUGUGUGUGUGUGUGUGUGUGUGUGUGUGUGUGUGUGUGUGUGUGUGUGUGUGUGUGUGUGUGUGUGUGUGUGUGUGUGUGUGUGUGCAGAUGUGUGUGAGUUCUGCCUCACUGAGUGUGCUUUAUAAAAACAAUAGAGGUAGCUGAUGAGUCAUGUUCUAGAUGGUGGGAUGCUAGCCAUAGUGGAACGUGCAAGGACAUGCAGGUAUUUAUUAUGGCAUUAUGGGUUAAGGGCUGGUGUGGAUAAGGUAUUUAUUAUGGCAUUAAGGGUUAAGGGCUGGUGUAGAUAAGGUAUUUAUUAUGGCAUUAAGGGUUAAGGGCUGGUGUAGAUAAGGUAUUUAUUAUGGCAUUAAGGGUUAAGGGCUGGUGUAGAUAAGGUAUUUAUUAUGGCAUUAAGGGUUAAGGGCUGGUGUAGAUAAGGUAUUUAUUAUGGCAUUAAGGGUUAAGGGCUGGUGUAGAUAAGGUAUUUAUUAUGGCAUUAAGGGUUAAGGGCUGGUGUAGAUAAGGUAUUUAUUAUGGCAUUAUGGGUUAAGGGCUGGUGUAGAUAAGGUAUUUAUUAUGGCAUUAAGGGUUAAGGGCUGGUGUAGAUAAGGUAUUUAUUAUGGCAUUAAGGGUUAAGGGCUGGUGUAGAUAAGGUAUUUAUUAUGGCAUUAAGGGUUAAGGGCUGGUGUAGAUAAGGUAUUUAUUAUGGCAUUAAGGGUUAAGGGCUGGUGUAGAUAAGGUAUUUAUUAUGGCAUUAAGGUUUAAUGGCUGGUGUAGAUAAUGACCACAGACAAUGGAUUAACCCUGACCUUGUAGGCAUCACAUUUCUGCCCAAAAGGUGUUCCUAUAAAUCUGCUCCCUUGAGAGGUACAUCGUCAUAAUUAGGACAUGUGAGUGUGUGUGUGUUUAUGUGAAUGUAUGUGGGAAUGAUUGAUGUUCUCUUUCUGCUAGUGGUUGUAAAGGUGUUAGUGAUAGGGUAAAGACUAGCUAGUGUUUUACUGAGGGGAGAAACCUUGAGAUUUAAACUUUACAACCCUGUCAUACAAGGUCAGCCCAGAUCUAAACCUAACGGACAUACACACAGCGUAUGCACACACACACACACACACACACACACACACACACACACACACACACACACACACAGUAUAUACACACACACACACACACACAUACAGUAUAUGCACACACACACACACAGCAUAUGCACACACACACACCACACACACACACACACACAUGCAUAGCUACAGACACACACGCACAUGCAAUUGCAAUUGAAAACUGUCUCUCUCCCCCCCCCCCCCCCCCCCCCCCCUCUUUCUCUGAGGAUUAAUCAUUGCUCUCUGUGCAUGUCAUUAGCAAAGGCUUCAAACACACAGUCACGUCUGGAUAUUUAUAUUGCAUAAUCGAUUUAUCCUCUCCUCCUUUCUCCUCCCCUCUCUCUCAUAUGUCCUUCUCUCCCCUCUAAACAUUUCCCUCCUCUCAUUCGUACCAUCCUUCUCCCCACCUAUCCUCUCUCUUUCUCUGCAUGGCCUUUCUCUAGGUCUAAAUCUCCCCUCUUCUCUCUCUAUACUGUAGGUCUGGCCAGAUGACUUAGUGUUUCUUGACAAUAACCCUCCUCUCUUGCUCUCCUCCUCCUCUUCUCCUCUCCUCCCUCUCUCUCUAGGUAUGGCCAGGUGAGACAGUGUUCCCAGACUACACUAACCCUGGCUGUAUAGAGUGGUGGGCUGAGGAGUACGUCAAAUUAUUAAAGGAAAUCAAACACGACGCUCUGUGGAUUGUAAGUCUGUUCUAUUAAUGUUUGAUUAUACUAUAUUUAUGUUCAAGUCUGACAUCCACAUCCACACAUCCCAACUCUAUCUUCUUCCUGACAGGAUAUGAAUGAGGUGUCCAACUUCAAGAAAGGCUCCAACAAGGGAUGUGAUGACAACAAUCUCAACUACCCUCCCUUCACUCCUAGUAAGGCUGUUAAUUAACCGUCAACUACCCUCCCUUCACUCCUAGUAAGGCUGUUAAUUAACCGUCAACUACCCUCCCUUCACUCCUAGUAAGGCUGUUUAUUAACCGUCAACUACCCUCCCUUCACUCCUAGUAAGGCUGUUUAUUAACCGUCAACUACCCUCCCUUCACUCCUAGUAAGGCUGUUUAUUAACCCUCAACUACCCUCCCUUCACUCCUAGUAAGGCUGUUUAUUAACCGUCAACUACCCUCCCUUCACUACUAGUAAGGCUGUUUAUUAACCCUCAACUACCCUCCCUUCACUCCUAGUAAGGCUGUUUAUUAACCGUCAACUACCGUCCAUUCACUACUAGUAAGACUCAGUGUUUCAGGUGCACUCAUUUUGCUGUGGUGCUGCGCCACGGCAAAAUAAUUGCCUCCAGGCAAAAAAAUACAAUAAUGGAACAUUUUGAAGAUGCUAGAACAUUCCACAUGUGAUUUUCCUCUGCAAACAAAACGAGUAAUUAAUAGAAAAAUCUAACAACCCCAUAGUAGAAUAGUUUAUCUAUUUACCUAGUCGGCUUGUUGUUGUGUUCUAUGCUAGAUACAUAUUCCUCUCGUGGCGCAUUCACGUUAUAAGUGCCAUAGGGAGGGAAACAUGCAUUCUGACAGGCAGUCAAUGGACAACAAUUCUUGCAAUCGCGAAAACAGAAGUUUUAAUGGAUUUUGUUAAAAAGACGGGAAUGCCAGCUUUCCAAUCCUACUUUAUUUAUUUCUGAACUCCUAAAUAUGCGCAAACUGCGCAAUUUUAAACCCGUUAUUUUUUUUAGCAGAAACAAGGCUCAGCAAGUUAUCGCUCCGCAAUUCGCAAUGAGUGCACAGGGGAGUGUGGGGCUAAAUGUAACCCCGGUCAAUUGUAGGGUGACUUGGGGUACAACGCCUCCCUACCUCAAAAUAAUUUAUUUAGAAUGACUUAAAAUUGUGAUGAGACAGAUAAUAUGUUUUGUUGAGCAAGAGUAGUGGAAACCAGGGAAAGUGUUUGGGGGGAAAAUUGUGACGAAGUGGUUUAUGUGAGAAGUACAAGCAGGGGGCAUUUUACCCCGCCUGGCGAGUUACCCCAAGUUACCCUAACAGGUAGGCCUACAUAAUAUUUAGUGUUUAUGCAAGUUUUUUUAAAUCACAUUUGAGAUCUGGCUAAUGAUUAGCCCAAUAGGGUAAAUGCAGAUAGGCAACCCCAUGCUUCAGCCUAUUUAUUUGCACUUUGCUGCAUCAGUUGGGCUAAAGGUGAUUAUGUUUAUUGCUAAUAGCAUACCUGAUAAUAUGGACCAUGCAUAGGCUAUAUCCUGUACAUUUUAACAAAUCAUUUUACUGAUGUGUUAUUGGGUUAAUUUCGGGAGGUGGAAAUUCUAUUUUAGAUGGUCUCAGCAUACUUAGUUUAAUUCAUUUAGGAGUGGAAUGUCCUUUAGAAAAGUCACCAGAACUGAGCUACUCAGCCCUUCUACAUAAUUCCCCCCACCCCUCCCCCCCACACCCCUUCCCCCCUUCAACCCCCCUCCGCGACCUUUUCUCUCCACUGCUACCAAUUUUUCUAGAGGAAACACUGGUAAGACUGUUUAUCAACCCUCAACAACCCUCCCUUCACUACUAGUAAUGCUGUUUAUUAACCCUCCCUUCACUACUAGUAAUUAUGUUUAUUAACCCUCCCUUCACUACUAGUAAGACUGUUUAUUAACCCUCAACUACCCUCCCUUCACUACUAGUAAUGCUGUUUAUUAACCCUCAACUACCCUCCUUUCACUACUAGUAAUGCUGUUUAUUAACCCUCCCUUCACUACUAGUAAUUAUGUUUAUUAACCCUCCCUUCAAUACUAGUAAGACUGUUUAUUAACCCUCAACUACCCUCUCUUCACUACUAGUAAGACUGUUUAUUAACCCUCAACUGCCCUCUCUUCACUACUAGUAAUGCUGUUUAUUAACCCUCAACUACCCUCUCUUCACUACUAGUAAUGCUGUUUAUUAACCCUCCCUUCACUACUAGUAAUUAUGCUUAUUAACCCUCAACUACCCUCCCUUCACUACUAGUAAUUCUGUUUAUUAACCCUCCCUUUACUACUAGUAAUAAUGUUUAUUAACCCCCCCUUCACUACUAGUAAUUCUGUUUAUUAACCCUCCCUUCACUCCUAGUUAUUCUAUUUAUUAACCCUCCCUUCACUACUAGUAAUGCUGUUUAUUAACCCUCCCUUCACUACUAGUAAUUAUGUUUAUUAACCCUCCCUUCACUACUAGUAAUUCUGUUUAUUAACCCUCCUCUUCACUACUAGUAAUUCUGUUUAUUAACCUCCCUUCACUCCUGUAUUCUAUUUAUAACCCUCCCUUCACUACUAGUAAUGCUGUUUAUUAACCCUCCUUCACUACUAGUAUUAUGUUUUAACCCUCUCUUCACUACUAGUAAUCUGUUUAUUAACCCUCCCUUCACUACUAGUAAUUAUGUUUAUUAACCCCCUUCACUACUAGUAAUUAUGUUUAAUAACCCUCUCUUCACUACUAGUAAUUAUGUUUAUUAACCCUCAACUACCCUCCCUUCACUACUAGUAAUUAUGUUUAUUAACCCUCCCUUCACUACUAGUAAUGCUGUUUAUUAACCCUCCUUCACUCCUAGUUAUUCUAUUUAUUAACCCUCCCUUCACUACUAGUAAUAUGCUUAUUAACCCUCACUUCACUACUAGUAAUUAUGUUUAUUAACCCUCCCUUCACUACUAGUAAUUUGUUUAUUAACCCUACUACCUCCUUCACUACUAGUAAUUUGUUUAUUAACCCUCCCUUCACUCCUAGUUAUUCUAUUUAUUAACCCCCCCUUCACUACUAGUAAUUAGUUUAUUAACCCCCCCUUCCUACUAGUAAUUCUGUUAUUACCCCCUCAUCUAAUGAUUAACCCCCUCACUACUAGUAAUUAUGUUAUUAACCUCCCUUCACUAUAGUAAUUUGUUAUUAACCCUCCUUCACUAUAUAAUUAUGUUUAUUACCCUCCCUUCAUACUAUGCUGUUUAUUAACCCUCCUUCACUACAGUAAUUAUUUUUUACCCCCUCAACUAGUAAUAUCACCCUCUCUUCACUACUAGUAAUAUGUUAUUAACCCUCUCUUCACUACUAGUAUUAGUUAUUAACCCUCUAUUCACUCUAGUAAUUAUGUUUAUUAACCCCGCCCUUCACUCCUAGUUAUUCUCUUAUUAUAACCCCCCCUUCAUCCUAUUAUUAUGUUUAUUAACCCCCCCCCCUUCACUACCUACUAGUAAUCUGUUUAUUAACCACCCUCUUCAAAACCUACUAUUAAUUCUGUUUAUUAACCCUCCCUUCACUACUAGUAAUUAUGUUUAUUAACCCUCCCUUCACUACUAGUAAUUAUGUUUAUUAACCCUCCCUUCACUACUAGUAAUGCUGUUUAUUAACCCUCCUUUCACUCCUAGUUAUUCUAUUUAUUAACCCCCCCUUCACUACUAGUAAUUAUGCUUAUUAACCCUCAACUACCCUCCCUUCACUACUAGUAAUUAUGUUUAUUAACCCUCCCUUCACUACUAGUAAUUAUGUUUAUUAACCCUCCUUUCACUACUAGUAAUUAUGUUUAUUAACCCUCCCUUCACUACUAGUAAUUAUGUUUAUUAACCCUCCUUUCACUACUAGUAAUUAUGUUUAUUAACCCCCCCUUCACUACUAGUAAUUAUGUUUAUUAACCCUCCCUUCACUACUAGUAAUUAUGUUUAUUAACCCUCCCUUCACUACUAGUAAUUAUGUUUAUUAACCCUCCCUUCACUACUAGUAAUUAUGUUUAUUAACCCUCCCUUCACUCCUAGUUAUUCUAUUUAUUAACCCUCUCUUCACUGCUAGUAAUUCUGUUUAUUAACCCUCCCUUCACUCCUAGUUAUUCUAUUUAUUAACCCUCCUUUCACUACUAGUAAUUAUGUUUAUUAACCCUCCCUUCACUACUAGUAAUGCUGUUUAUUAACCCUCCCUUCACUACUAGUAAUUAUGUUUAUUAACCCUCCCUUCACUACUAGUAAUUAUGUUUAUUAACCCUCCCUUCACUCCUAGUUAUUCUAUUUAUUAACCCUCCUUUCACUACUAGUAAUUAUGUUUAUUAACCCUCCCUUCACUACUAGUAAUUAUGUUUAUUAACCCUCCCUUCACUACUAGUAAUUAUGUUUAUUAACCCUCCCUUCACUACUAGUAAUUCUGUUUAUUAACCCUCCCUUCACUACUAGUAAUUAUGUUUAUUAACCCUCCCUUCACUACUAGUAAUGCUGUUUAUUAACCCUCAACUACCCUCCUUUCACUACUAGUAAUUAUUUUUAUUAACCCUCCCUUCACUACUAGUAAUUAUGUUUAUUAACCCUCCCUUCACUACUAGUAAUGCUGUUUAUUAACCCUCCCUUCACUACUAGUAAUUAUGUUUAUUAACCCUCCCUUCACUACUAGUAAUUAUGUUUAUUAACCCUCUCUUCACUACUAGUAAUUCUGUUUAUUAACCCUCCCUUCACUACUAGUAAUUCUGUUUAUUAACCCUCCCUUCACUACUAGUAAUUAUGUUUAUUAACCCUCCCUUCACUACUAGUAAUUAUGUUUAUUAACCCUCCCUUCACUACUAGUAAUGCUGUUUAUUAACCCUCCCUUCACUACUAGUAAUUAUGUUUAUUAACCCUCCCUUCACUACUAGUAAUGCUGUUUAUUAACCCUCAACUACCCUCCUUUCACUACUAGUAAUUAUGUUUAUUAACCCUCCCUUCACUACUAGUAAUUAUGUUUAUUAACCCUCCCUUCACUACUAGUAAUUCUGUUUAUUAACCCUCCCUUCACUACUAGUAAUGCUGUUUAUUAUCCCUCCCUUCACUACUAGUAAUUAUGUUUAUUAACCCUCAACUACCCUCCCUUCACUACUAGUAAUGCUGUUUAUUAACCCUCCCUUCACUACUAGUAAUUAUGUUUAAUAAGCCAAAUCAGUUUAUGUACACUAGUAUCUCUGAUGAAAGGAGACAUUCUAUUUUUAGAAUUGAACUGAGAGAGACAUGUUUAGAGACUUGAGAGAGAUUAUCACAAAUAUUUUCUCUCCUCCAAGCGUCUCGCUCAUUCCAACCCCCCUCUCCUCAGGUGUUCUGGAUGGGGUGCUGUACAGUAAAACUCUGUGUAUGGACUCUAAACAGACCUGGGGAAACCACUAUGAUGUCCACAGUCUCUAUGGUUACUCCAUGGUUCUUGCCACUGAAGUGUGAGUAUGGAUCUUACUAUGGUGUCUAGAACUAGUACUGGGGUUUUGCCAUAGAAUGGACUAUUUAGUAUGUAUACUUGAAUUCCACCAGCGUAUCCUUAUUGAAAUCACUGUAAAAUGAUUAAUAGUUAAGAGGCCUUGAGGCCUUGCUAUGUGCUGAGUGAGGCUGAAUUGUCCUGAGGUUUCAGCGGUGAGUUGUGAUGAUUUGUCUUUGCCUAGAUAAAUAGAGCAUCAUUAAAACGAGCCUGUCAUUGGGUAGGAUAGUCAAAAGAGGAUUGUUGUGUCUCGGAGGUAAAUCCAUAUGCACGCAUAACCACCCGCACACACAGAGUUAUUUUACAUUUUUUAAAAACAUUUUAGUCAUUUAGCAGACGCUCUUAUCCAGAGCGACUUACAGUUAGUGAUUUUUCAUACUGGCCCCCCGUGAGAAACAAACCCACAACAGUGGCGUUGCAAGUGCCACGCUCUACCAACUGAGCUACAGGGGACCUGUUAUGUCUCAGCGGUGAAUCCUGACAGAGCUCUGUGAGUAACAUUGUCUUCUGAGAGGCCUCCUCCAUUGCUGACUCAUCCUGAGAGCAUACCACUCGCUAGCUCCAGUCCUCUCUCACCUCACCUGUUAGCAUACCACUCGCUAGCGCCACUCCUCAUCCUGUUAGCAUACCGCUCGCUAGCUCCACUCCUCAUCCUGUUAGCAUACCGCUCGCUAGUUCCACUCCUCAUUCUGUUAGCAUACCGCCCGCUCGCUAGCUCCACUCCUCAUCCUGUUAGCGUACCGCUCGCUAGAUCCACUCCUCAUCCUGUUAGCAUACCGCUAGUUAGCUCCACUCCUCAUCCUGUUAGCAUACUGCUCGCUAGCUCCACUCCUCUGUUGUACUCCUCUUUGGUCCUUACUUGUCUUUUUUCUUCUGUCAGUUUCUCUCUCGGCUAAUAGAAAGUUUUAUUGUCAGGAGACACAUUUUGUGAACAUCAUCAGAACCCAAUAUUGUCAUGAAAAUCAAAGGACAUUCGAUUUAACUAGCUAAUUAGAGCAGCAAAGCAAUGAUGAUGAUACUCUCUAUCUCUCUCAUUCUCGCCACACACCUCUCCCUCUCCCCCUACUCUCCCUGUAGUGCUCUAAAGCGUGCGUUUGGUGGGAACCGGACCCUGAUGCUGACCCGCUCGUCCUUCCCUGGAGUGGGGAAGUACUCCGGCCACUGGCUGGGUGACAAUGCUGCUAACUGGAAUGACAUCAAAUGGGCCAUACCCGGUAUGCUGGAGUUUGGCUUGUUCGGAGUCCCCUACGUGAGUACCUCAAAGUCAUGUCUGAUGGUUUGACACCGUCAUCUAUUGAUUUACAGGUUGGUUUAUUUAUCCGUUUGUAGACUGAAAAGUGUCUUCACUGGAAGCUUGUACUUCACUACCACAUCUGAGACAGAGGCAGGGUUAGUGAGAAACACUUGCUGAUGAGACGUUAGAAUGGUUAGAAGCCGUUUUGGCUCUGGCCUCCUGUCGACAGGACAGACAAGCAACAGAGUGGAAACGUCGGUAAGAAACCAACAGGGAGUCAUAAACACGUGCACACGCUCACACACACACACCCACUCCUCCAGUUGUGACAGGGAGUGUUAGAGGUUCUCUAACUGUCCGAGAGGUUUAUCCAAUUCUGUCCGAGAGGUCCAAUUCUGUCCGAGAGGUUUACCAAUUCUUGUUUUGCACACACACCCAUUCAAACUCACUAUCUCUUUCACAAACACACACACACACACACACACACACACACACACACACACACACACACACACACACACACACACACACACACACACACACACUCACAUCCCUGGCAUAGGGAGACUGGGAUUUGGAUCGAUGCCCUCCCUUUGAGCACGCUGUAAAGUGCUAUCAAACAACAGCAACACUCAAACACACUGCUCUCAAAGGAUGGGCCAUUGAUUAGGUAUUUUAUUUUAUGCUUACCAUAUGCUAUUACCUAAACAGAGACUGUAUACAUGUAUUCUUCCAAUUUAGCCUUAUUGAAUUGUUUUAACAAAUGGAGCAAUAUCAGGCAAGAUAAACAAUACCAUCGCAGCUGUAUAGUUUCAAAUGCUAUAUCUGGGUGUUUUCAUGAGUGUGUUUUCGUGAGUGUGUCAGUGUUUGUAAUGUUCUGUCCUGCGUUGUGUGUUUUCAGAUUGGUGCUGAUAUUUGCGGUUUCUUUGACAACACGACAGAAGAGUUGUGUCGUCGUUGGAUGCAGGUGGGCGCGUUCUAUCCCUUCAGCCGGAACCACAACGCCCAGCAUUACAAGGUACCUGUUCCCUUGUUCUUUAUGACACCAAGUACAGUAUGGAGUCAAAAAGUUAAAAAAAUAUUGAUCCAAGUAUGGAUAUAUCAACAACAAAAAAACAGAGAAUGAUUUCUCACGAAGGUUCGUGUUUUUUUUGGCCUUUUUCAAAACAAGUCAAAGAUUCAAUGAUUCAGUCUCCCUUUACAUUGUAAAUGGAGACUGCUUAAGACUUAGAUAGGAUAACUAAGCAGGGUCUGUCCUGGAAUGGAGUCCAGAUGCUGCUGGAAGUGGUGUUAGAGGGCCAGUAGGGGGCGCUCUUCCCCCUAAGGAGAUCCCAAUGCCCCAGGGCCGUGAAGGGGACAUUGCCCUGUAUAGGGUGCCGUCUUUUGGAUGGGACGUUAAAAUGGGUGUCCAGACUCUGUGGUCACUAAAGAUCCCACGGCACCUAUCAUAAGAGUAGGGGUGUUAAUCUGGCUAUCAUACCAUCAUGAUAAAUUAAUCAUUUCCAGAUUCCAAUUGGAUCAUUCAUCCCCUCUUAUCCCCCCUGUAACUCUUCCCCAGUUCAUUGCUGUAAAAGAGAAUAUGUGACUGACCACCUCGAUUUGUCUUAUGUAGAAAAAUUUGAAAUUGUGUUUUUUACAUUUGAUAAAAGUAGAGACGCAGAGCUAGAAAAUUGUCUAUCAUGCACUACACUUGAAGAACAAUGACAAUGUAAUUCUGCUUUGCAACUUGUAACCAACUUUUGAGAAAAUGGCCCUUGAAUGUUUUGGUACACCUACUGGAGAGCUCUUCUUUGUCUACACCCAUUCAGCAUCGUUCACACCUUCGUAAGCCUUAGCCCCACCCAUCUCUUUAAGGAUUCACAAGUGAGGCAAUGUGGUAAACACACGCUAUAUCAAAUCAAAUCAAAGUUUAUUUGUCAUAUGCACAGGAUACAGAAGGUGUAAACGGGACAGUGAAGUGGUUACUUACAUAUUUUAUACAUAUUUUAUCAUUAUUAGAGGAGGAAGGGGAAGACCAUCCUCCUCAGUGAAUUUCAUUCGAAUUAAAAUGGUAAAACAUUAAAAAAGUUAUCCUUUUUAUAUAAAACUAUACUAAAUAUAAUCACGUCACCAAAUAACUGAUUAAAAGACACUAUUUUGCAAAGAAGGUCAGCAGUAGCCUCAACAGCACUCUGUAGGAUAGCACCAUGGUGUAGCCAGAGGACAGCUAGCUUCCAUCCUCCUCUGGAUACAUUGACUUCAAUACAAAACCUAGGAGGCUCAUGGUUCUCACCCCCUUCCAUAGACUUACACAGUAAUUACGACAUCUUCCGAAGGACGUCCUCCAGCCUAUCAGAGCUCUUGCAACAUAAACUGACAUGUUGUCCACCCAAUUAAAGGAUCAGAGAAUUAAUCGAGUACUGAAAUCAUAAGCUACAGCUAGCCAGCACUGCAGUGUAUAAAAUGUGGUGAGUAGUUGACUCAAAGAGAGAGAAAGACAAUAGUUGAACAGUUUUGAAAAAAAUAAUGUAUUCCAAAAAUGAAGGAGAAGCAAGAGAGAAAUAGAGCAAGAGAGAAAGAGUUUGUAAAUGUUUUUCACUUUCAGUUUCACUUACUUAGCUAGCAAAUGCAGAUAGCUAGUUUAGCCUACUGAAACACCCUGCUCAAACAGAGGGACGCUAUGUUAGCUAGCUGGCUAUGACUUUCCAGCACAACACUGGAACUCUUCCAAGUCAAGGCAGUGGCGGUUCUAGACACAUUUUACUAGGGGGGCCAAGGAGGGGCCAGUGUUUAAUCAGGGGGGCACACAUAAAAAAACUGGCAACACAUGAUAUUCAAAGAUUAUAAACUUUAUUUUACUUUAAAAUCAUAUGACAUUUAUUAUAACACAUAUUUUGUACAAGAGUGCAGAUGCAAGAGAGAUAGUGCCAUAAAAAUGAAAAAAUAAAUAAAUUAAAAAAAAUUAAAAAGUACAGGGUACAAAUACAGGGUUCAUAUUCAAUGUGAACAAAACUCCAGGAUACAACAAAGGGUACAACAAUGUGCCAUUUCCUAUUCAUGGAAGCCCCACUACUGUGGACAGUUGAUUCCACAUUUUGUUUUAAGAAAGAAAACUUUCUGAGUGAUUUAUAAACAAAACACACUACCCUGUAUCCAUUUAGGUAAAAUAAACCAAAUCAGAAAAGAAAUUCAAUUCAAAGAGGCUUUACUAGCAUGACCAUAUUGACAUACAGUAUUGCUAAAGCACAUAAACAGGGAAACGUGUUACACAUUAACAUCCAGUAGUCCAAUAGGAUGCAGACAAUAAACAUUAAGUUAACAUUCGUUUAAAAGCAACAAUCAUGUCAACACAAUGUAGCAAUAUGAACAACACUGAUGGAUAUCAGCAACAACAUGAAAACAAGAAUAUUACAGGUGUCUGUGUGUGUGUGUGUGUGUGUCUGUGUCUUUGUGUACUUCACUGUCAGUUGAUGAGCAGGUGUACAAAAAAAGGCUUUACAACAUAUAUGGGCAAGUCCAUUUAGGACAGCACAUUUCCACCAUAGUUCACAUUAGGAAAAAAUGACAGCAUGAAUGCUCACUAAACAAACAUAUACUACAUAUACCUUUUUAUACACAUUUUUUUUCAGUAAUUUUUUAAGAGUGAAAGGGAAGUAAGCAAUCGCUCACUUGGUCGUGGUUAGCAACUGUGUUAAGAAUUUCCCUAAAGUUUCCUUUGUUAGUGGACCCUUCAGAUUCAUCAUGUCCUCUUUGUGCUAUGUUUUGUGUAGCUGUAAGCAACAGCACUUCCCCAACUGUUUUAAUGUAUGCCUGAUUUUCUUGUACUUGUUUAGUGUGUUCUUUGUCAAGGAGAUCUGUUAGUGUUGCGUCAGUUCUAACAGCUCUUUGAUAAUCCCUCCAUGCGAUCAUUGCACACUUGUGUCGUUCAGACUUUGCAUGUAGUGAAAACCCUGCAUUUCUCAUAGUUGCCUUUUUCCAGUUUGUAAAACCAGGUGUUGAAACAAAAACGGUGUCUGGGGCAUUUGGUGUGCUAAAAUGUCUACAUGCAUAGCAACAUGUAGAGUCCGUCAUUACAGAAUACUCAAGCCAUGGAUGAGUAGUGUACCAGUUUGGUCUGAAGCUUCGUCUUCUGUCCCCCAUCAGUGUGGUUGGGAAUAUCUUCAAGUUCGGCUGUACUGGUACGUCAUACUUAGACUUGCUGAUAUCUGAAGAAGAUGGACAGUAAACAUAGGGCACAACUACAACAUUUAUUUACUGUAUAUCUGCAUGUAUUUCAAAAUGUAGGCAAAGUAUUUACUUUAAAAAAAAAACAGAGCCAUAUUGACACAAAAAAGAAUUAACAGCAGAAAGCAGCAUUUUAAGGACACCCAGCAGGCCUACCAUUACAUUGUAAUUGCAUUGCUUUGCAAAUAGUAAGAACCUUCCUCAUCACAAACCUGAUGGUGCAGUACUUGAUCCACAUGGAUCCACUUGCUGUCCCUCUGGCUGUUCAUCUCUCUGUCCCUGUAUGCUUUCUUCUUCAUGCUUCUCACCCUCUUCUUCAUUCUCCUCGCCCUCUUCUUCAUUCUCCUCACCCUCUUCUUCAUCCUCCUCACCCUCUUCUUCAUCCUCCUCACCCUCUGGAAUUUCCCUCUCUUUGUCAGACCCCUCACUUUCAUCACAUGCUGGCUCUCCCUCUUCCUCAACUUUCUCAAAACCUCGAUUUGUUUCUCUCACUAUUUUGUUUGCUGGGGCAAAAAAUGACUUUAUGUCCCUUCCUCGUUUCAUGAUAACUAUUAGAAGAAGAAAAAACGUAGGGGCAUGCAUUACAUUUUGUUACCUAACCAUCCCUCCCUAAUUAACACUGGCAGAUAACCUGUUGAUUACUUUACUAAAAAUGUAUUUGUUAUCGCGAUGCAACAGCCAAGACGGAUGAAGUUACGUGGUAAACAUCACAACAUUGUGUAGACCUAGCAAGGAGAGCCUACUAACAUUUGGAUAUUUGCUUCUGCUUCGAUGAGUUUGCUUAGAUAUGAUUACAUUUCUAAACAAAUCGAGACCAGACAUUUAAAAACUUGAUUUGAUUUAUGUGUGAGGAACAAAAGGAACAUGUAGGCUAUGUGCAAGAACAACAAGUCACUUAUGAUAUUAAAUCGUUUACUUACCUUCGACUCCUGCAAAUCAUAGCUCCUCUCGCAAAUAGUAGUUGCUGAGCUCUCAUUCACCGAAGCAGCACCACACGUGGCAGGCAGGCAGAUGGCAGGAUACAGUUUUUGGGUGCGCCACUCUAAUUUACCCGUGUAGAACGUUGCUGUGUAGAGCGUUGCAUUAGUUCCGCUUUUGGCGCUCGCGUGUAAAAUAGUUAUAAAUUCAUAAUUUUUUAUUUGGUCAGCACGGGGGGGCCACAGGGGUGGCCAGGGACAUUUCCAGGGAGGCACGGGCCUCCUCCGGCCUCCGUGUAAAACCGCCACUGCGUCAAGGUAAGCUUUUGGUGUUACUAAUUGAUUGCCACCGGGGCCCGCCGGUGUAACUGCUUAGUGUAACGUUACUGCAUGUACACUAAAGUUACUGCAUGAUUGUAACGGGUUUACUAACGCGUUAGUUCUAUUAGCUAUGCUGUUCAUGACGUUACUUUAUCUGAUAUGGUGACAACUAUGUAGGCUGUUUGUAGAGGUUUAGCUUGUAUCGUUUUUUUUUUGCCUGGUCACAUACAGCUGAUUUGUUGUGCAUUGAAGUCCACAAGCGAAGGGAAGAGAAGGAAUACAACGUGGCUGUUAUGAGAGUGAACUCGUGUGAUCAGGGGUGUAUUCAUUCCACCAAUUCUGUUGAAAAAUGUUUCAUAAACGGAAGCAAACGGAACUGAACGGGGGUAAAACAUACCUGAAUUUGUCCAAUAGAAACUCUCGUUUGCAACUGUUGGACUAAUGAUUACACCCUAUAUCAGCUAGAUGCUGGCAAGAGUGUGCAAGGCAGUAUUUAAUGUCACUGUUUGUCACUUCAAAUGUCUCUCGACCUGUGUACACCUACGUUGUAAACUUUCAUUCAUAGCCUAGGUUGUAGCAACCUCAUAAAGGGUAUAGGGAAAAUUUGAGUAUCAUGUAAUAGCCUAAAACUAUCGCUGUUACAUUGAACUGGGUGAAUGGAAUAUGAAUGAGAGUCAUCCAAUAUGCUGUAAUAGAAAUAAGGCCAUGCUCAUGAAAAAAAUAAAAUAAUUCUCCCUCAUCUCAUCUCUUUCUGCCACUGCCCGACACACUUGUCUAAAUUGAUGGGUCAUGUGAAGGAAAUGCUAUAACCACCCCUCAGCCACAUCUACCUAAGUGGAUUGGUCACUAUUGUCUAGACAUGUACAGUGGGGGAAACAAGUAUUUAGUCAGCCACCAAUUGUGCAAGUUCUCCCACUUAAAAAGAUGAGAGAGGCCUGUAAUUUUCAUCAUAGGUACACGUCAACUAUGACAGACAAAAUGAGGUAAAAAAUCCAGAAAAUCACAUUGUAGGAUUUUUAAUGAAUUUAUUUGCAAAUUAUGGUGGAAAAUAAGUAUUUGGUCAAUAACAAAAGUUUCUCAAUACUUUGUUAUAUACCAUUUGUUGGCAAUGACACAGGUCAAAAGUUUUCUGUAAGUCUUCACAAGGUUUUCACACACUGUUGCUGGUAUUUUGGCCCAUUCCUCCAUGCAGAUCUCCUCUAGAGCAAUGAUGUUUUGGGGCUGUCGCUGGGCAACACGGACUUUCAACUCCCUCCAAAGAUUUUCUAUGGAGUUGAGAUCUGGAGACUGGCUAGGCCACUCCAGGACCUUGAAAUGUUUCUUACGAAGCCACUCCUUCGUUGCCCGGGCGGUGUGUUUGGGAUCAUUGUCAUGCUGAAAGACCCAGCCACGUUUCACCUUCAAUGCCCUUGCUGAUGGAAGGAGGUUUUCACUCAAAAUCUCACGAUACAUGGCCCCAUUCAUUCUUUCCUUUACACGGAUCAGUCGUCCUGGUCCCUUUGUAGAAAAACAGCCCCAAAGCAUUAUGUUUCCACUCCCAUGCUUCACAGUAGGUAUGGUGUUCUUUGGAUGCAACUCAGCAUUCUUUGUCCUCCAAACACGACGAGUUUAGUUUUUACCAAAAAGUUCUAUUUUGGUUUCAUCUGACCAUAUGACAUUCCCCCAAUCCUCUUCUGGAUCAUCCAAAUGCACUCUAGCAAACUUCAGACGGGCCUGGACAUGUACUGGCUUAAGCUGGGGGACACGUCUGGCACUGCAGGAUUUGAGUCCCUGGCGGCGUAGUGUGUUACUGAUGGUAGGCUUUGUGACUUUGGUCCCAGCUCUCUGCAGGUCAUUCACUAGGUCCCCUCGUGUGGUUCUGGGAUUUUUGCUCACCGUUCUUGUGAUCAUUUUGACCCCACGGGGUGAGAUAUUGCGUGGAGCCCCAGAUCGAGGGAAAUUAUCAGUGGUCUUGUAUGUCUUCCAUUUCCUAAUAAUUGCUCCCACAGUUGAUUUCUUCAAACCAUGCUGCUUACCUAUUGCAGAUUCAGUCUUCCCAGCCUGGUGCAGGUCUACAAUGUUGUUUCUGGUGUCCUUUGACAGCUCUUUGGUCUUGGCCAUAGUGGAGUUUGGAGUGUGACUGUUUGAGGUUGUGGACAGGUGUAUUUUAUACUGAUAACAAGUUCAAACAGGUGCCAUUAAUACAGGUAAUGAGUGGAGGACAGAGGAGCCUCUUAAAGAAGAAGUUACAGGUCUGUGAGAGCCAGAAAUCUUGCUUGUUUGUAGGUGACCGAAUACUUAUUUUCCACCAUAAUUUGCAAAUAAAUUCAUUAAAAAUCCUACAAUGUGAUAUUCUGGAUUUUUUUUCUCAUUUUGUCUGUCAUAGUUGACGUGUACCUAUGAUGAAAAUUACAGGCCUCUCUCAUCUUUUUAAGUGGGAGAACUUGCACAAUUGGUGGCUGACUAAAUCAUUUUCCCCCCACUGUAUACAUGUUCAUGAAAUACAAUAGAUGGCCUUAAUCACCCCCAGACACACCUGGCUAAUUUGAUGGGUCAUGUAAUAAUCUGGCUGAAGUUGGGUCUUUUGUUUAGACAUGUAACUAGCUAGGUAGCUAGCUAGCUAAGCAAUAAACCAGCAUAUCCCAACUCAUACUACUACCAAUAUAUACAUUGUCAUAGCUGUAUUAUGAAUCUGCAGGUAGCUAAAGCUAACAAACUAGGUUCAAUGUUAGCUAGAAAUGCAAAUGGAUUUCUGAUUCGAAUAAUAUUACUACACAGACCAUACAUGUAACGUUAGCUAGCGAGCCAGCAAGCUACCGUUUGCUACCUAAAUAACAGUACGCUUUAACUUGCAAGAUUUUUUUGGGUGGGAAAUUUAUAUCUGAAAAAGUAGCUAGACUCUUACCCGUAUACAUGGAUGAAUGCUUCACAGCAGACUGGAACCAUUUAACUCAGUUUUGUUUGUAGCUACUUCUUGUUUGGCCAGCGUUGUGUCAAGUCACUCCAGUUCACACUGACCGUGGCGUGUGCAGAAAGUAGCCCAUCACUUUUUCCAACUAAUCUGUCGAUAGCACCUGCUAAAUUCAGGGCAUCAAUGUUGUUGAGAAAAGUAGCAAAUCUUUCAACAUUGGUUUUAUAAAAUAUGGAGAGAGUUGGGAGAAAUAGCGAGCGGGAGAGAGGAGGGGAGAGAGAGAGAGAGAGAGAGAGAGAGAUAGAGAGAGAGAGAGAUGCCUUCUACUGGCAGACAGGAUAUGUUGAUGACACUAAAUGAGAUGGAUAAUGUUUGACCUUUGUGUUGCCCUAAUCACUUCUCUCAUCAGAAGGCCAAACAGGCCAAAGUCCUCGACUCACACACACACUCUCACACACACACACACACACACUCACACACACACACACUCAGGACAUAAAGGAUUAGCCCUUCAGCAGCUAAUCAUCUACUCCACAAUUAGUUUUUUUUUUAUGUUUCCUUUCUCUGUCUCUGUCUCUGUUGUCUCUCUGGCCUGGUUUCUUUAUGUGUUCUCUCUCUCUUCAACUGGAAGUCACCUCUUUCUCCCUCUCUGCUCUUCCUAUUCACUCACCUGUUGAGUGUGUUGUUGUUGAUUGCUAAGUGUCAUCAUGGUGGUGAUAAAUCCCUCCCUCCCCCUUCCUCCUUUCCCUCUCUCCCUCCCUUCUCUCCACCCCUCCCCUCUAUCCCUUCCUUCCUCCUCCUCCCCUCCCCUCUAUCCCUUCCUUCUCUCCUCCCCUCCCCUCUCCUCCUCCCUCCCUUCUCUCCACCCCUCCCCUCCCCUCUAUCCCUCCUUCUCUCCUCCCCUCCCCUCUCUCCCUCCCUUCUCUCCCCCCCCCCUCCCCUCUCCCUCCCUUCUCUUCUCUCCACCCCUCCAUCCCUCCCUUCUCUUCUCUCCUCCCCUCCCCUCUCUCCCCCCUUCUCUUCCACCCUCCCCUUCCCUCUAUCCCUCCUCUCUCCUCCCCUCCCCCCCUCUCUCCCUCCCUUCUCUCCUCCCCUCCCCUCUAUCCCUCCCUUCUCUCCUCCCCUCCCCUCUCUCCCUCCCUUCUCCCCCUCUCUCUCCCUCCCUUCUCUCCUCCCCUCCCCUCUCUCCCUUCCUUCUCUCCUCCCCUCCCCUCUCUCCCUCCCUUCUCUCCUCCCCUCCCCUCUCUCCCUCCCUUCUCUCCACCCUCCCCUCCCCUCUAUCCCUCCCUUUCUCUCCUCCCCUCCCCUCUAUCCCUCCCUUCUCCUCCUCCCCCCUCCCCUCUCUCUCGUCCCUUCUCUCCUCCCCUCCCCUCUCGUCCUUCUCCUCUCUCCUCCCCUCCCCUCUCUCCCUCCCCUUCUCUCCUCCCCUCCCUACUCUCCCUCCAUCCUUCCUUCCCUCCCUUCAGCCCCAGGACCCGGCAGUGUUUGGUGCUGACUCACUGCUGUUGAAUACCUCUAAACAUUACCUGAAUAUCCGGUACACCCUGCUGCCCUACCUCUACACCCUCUUCUACAAGGCUCACACUACAGGGGACACCGUGGUCCGGCCCGUCAUGCACGAGUAAGUGACGUUACUUCCUGUUGAUCGGGUAGCAGUUCCUCCCAGGCUCAGAUCUAGGAAUACCACCAUCUUCAUCAAGUCCAUAAGGAACAACACUGACCCAGCUGAUCAUAGUGUAGAGGCAACUUUUUUUUGUUGUAAACAAAGCAUUGAUGUUACAAAAACAAGCAUUGAUCAGUCCGCAUCAAUUCCCCCCCCCUUCUGUCCGUCUUCCAGGUUCUACUCUGACAGUAACACCUGGACAGUGGACCGCCAGUUCCUCUGGGGGAAACACCUGCUCAUCACACCUGUACUGGAUCCUGUGAGUACAUGUACUUGAGCAGGCUCGGUGAACUAAGCUUUAGCUCAGUUCGAUACUACGACACACACACACUACUUCACAUUUCAUUUGAUUUAUCUAAAAAACUAUUGGCUGGAUAAACCCCUUGAGAGGAGAUAUCUCUCUCUUAACACACACAGACAGACACACACACACACACUAGUUGACCUCCGUUGGGACAAGCAAAUGGGAUUUACUUUUCUUCCUCCCUCUCCUCCCUUUCUCUCUCUUCUCUUUCAUUUCCCCCUAUUUUCCCUCCGCUCUAAUGAGAGCACUGACCUCAUUACAGGCAGAUUAGAAGUACAGUUACAUUGUGUAUGUAUGUAUGUGUGUGUGUGUGUGUGUGUGUGUGUGUGUGUGUGUGUGUGUGUGUGUGCGCACGCAAUAGUGUUUGUGUGCGCGCAGAAGAGUUUGUGUGUACGCAUUUGUGUAUAUGAGUGUGUGUGCGUCUGUGUUUGUGUGUGUGCGUAUGUCAGUGUAUAUUUGCAUGAGUGUGUGUGUGUGUGUGUGUGUGUGUGUGUGUGUGUGUGUGUCUGUGUGUGUGCGAGUGCAGAUAGAUUGCGGUCAUGUUAAAGUGGCUAGCUGAUUAAUGAGCAAUUUAGCAUGGCCUCUGGCAAAUUAGAGACAAGCAGAGUGGGGCUCUAGUCUGAAUAUAAUAACUGUAAUCAGAGUGUAAUUGUGAAAAGUUUGCUAUGCUAGCAGAGAGAAAGAAGAAGAUGUUGAGGCUGUCACCCCCGAGCUUGACUUCUCCUUGGGGAUGCAGAGAGGAUGUCAUCCCAAAAAUUAAAUCAAACGUUAUGUAAUAAUUCAGACAUAUGUAAUAAGUUGUUUAUUGACAUCAAUACAUAACUUAUGUGAAAGAGCGUGUUCUUUGUUGGUUCUUAUAGAUUCUGGAUACUGUUUAUUACUUCGUCAAUCUACUGCUUUACAUCCUACCCUCUCUCGUAUAUUCCGCCAUUAUGAAAUCCACCCUUAUCGACCCGACACGCGCGUCGAGCGGACGACCAGGAGAGAGCCACCACGCGCGCACGACCAGAGCGGAGAGGCCGCAGGGAGAGAGCCACCCGCGCGGCCGACCCGCGCGCGAGCUGACCCCAGGAGAGAGCCACCCGCGACCGGCCCGACCGCGCGCGAAUGGCCGCCAAUUAGAGAGCAACCCGCGCGACCCUACCCGGCGCGCGAGGGCCUCCAUGAUAUAGCCACCCUCUCCGCCUGACCUCUCCGAUCUUCGCCAUUAGAAUCCACCCGCGGGUCUACCCUCUCUCUAGAGCCUCCAUUUAGGUACAGCCACCCUCGCAACCAACCACUACUCGUAUCGGCACAGCCAGCUGAGAUCCACCCUGCUCCUCACGAACCUGGCCGCGAGCGUGCGCCAGGGAAGAGAGCGCACACGCGAGGGCCGGCCCGCGCGCAGCGGCCCGCCAGGGACAGCCACCCGCCGCGACCGACCCCGCGAGGAGCGGGGGGGGCGCCAGGCGAGAGCAACUCCGCGCCGCCCGACCCCCGGGCGCGAGGGCCUCCAGGAGAGAGCACCCGCGACUCCAGGACACGAGAGCGAGAGGCGCCAGGAGGAGCCACCCGAGCGGCCCGCCCGCGCGCGAGCGGCCGCCAGGAGAGGGAGCCAACCGUAGCGACCGACCCGCCGCGCGCGGCCGCCAGUAAUAGCCACCUGCGCCGCACAGACCCGCCGCGAGCGGCGCCACAGUAGAUAUGUACACCUCAGCUGGGCCGACCCGGCUGCUGAGAGUCCGCCAGAUACAUCAACCGCUACGCCCUACCGCUGUCGCGAGCGGCGCCAUAUACAGCCCACCCUUCUACCCCUACAGCGUGAUCACGAAUACCCUCUCUCGGUCAUUCAGCAACAUUAAUAUCCAACCUCUCUACCCUACCUCUCCUCUAUGCGUCCUCCAUAUCGAUCAACCCGCUCCGCCCGACCCGCUAGAGAUCGUCCGCCAUUAUAGAGCCACCAUCGCUCCCUACCCUCUCUCUAUCUUCCUCCAUUAUAUAUCCACCCCUCUCUACCCUACAGCUUUACAUCCUACCCUCUCUCUAUCUUCCUCCAUUAUAUAUCCCACCCUCUUCCUCCCUUACCCUAUACUAUCUUCCGCCAGUAUAUAUCAAAGCAAUGUCAAUCAAUUUUAAUUUAUAUAGCUCUUCUUACAUCAGUAAUAUCUCGUAGGUGCUGUACAGAAACAGCCUAAAACCCAAACAGCUAGUAAUGCAGGUUGUAGAAGCACGGGUGGCAAGGGAAAAAUCCUAGAAGGCGAAAAAAAAACUAGGAAGAUAGAGAAACCUAGAGAGGAACAGGGCUUAUGAGGGGUGGCCAGUCCUCUUCGGCUGUGCCGGGUUGAAGGAAAGAUUAUAACAGAAACCAUGCCAAGAUGUUCAAAAAUGUUUCAUAAGUGAUAGAAUGGUCAAAUAUAAUCAGGAAUAAAUCUCAGUUGGCUUUUAUAGUCGUCAUUAAGCAGGUGAAAAAACAAGCAGGUUGAGACAGGUAGGGGUUCCAUAACCGCAGGCCAGAACAGUUGAAAUGGAAUAGCAGCAAGGCCAGGCGGACUGGGGACAGCAAGAGUCACCACGGCCGGUUUAAAGUUCUCGAUCGUAUGGUCCUAGGCUCAGUGGUCUUCAGUUGGCUUUCAUCGCCGAUCAUUAGAGUUGAAAACCGCAUGUCUGGGACAGGUAGGGGUUUUCGUUACCCGCAGGCAGAACCGUUGAACACUGCAUAGCCGCAAGGCCCCCCGGCGAUGGGGACAGCAAAGUGUUUCCUCCAUGCCGGUCGUCCUGACGUUUCUGGGCUAGCUCAGGUUUCAGAGAGAAAGAGAGACCGAGAGAAGUAGAGAGAAGCAUACUUAAAUUCACCCAGGACACUGGAUAGACAGGAGAAGUAUCCAGUUAUAACCAAGAACCCAGCCCCAGAAACAUAAACUACUGCAGCAUAAAUAACUGGAGGCUGAGACAGAGCGGUCCGGAGACACCGCGCCUCCCGCCCGCUAGCGGGAUGCCGCGGAGGAGCCACCCGCGGGCCGGACCAAGCGCGAGGGCGGCCGCCAAGGAGAGAGCACAGCGGCGUAGACACCGACCCGCGCGCUGGGCGGACGCCAGGAGAGAGCACAACAACAGCGAGACAAGAACAGAGAGAGGGCGCGGAAGACCCCUGGGGGGGCCCAGGGAGAGAGUCAAACCAGCUCACGAACGAACCCGCCGAGCGGGCGGAACGCCAGGAGAGAGCCACUCCGCGAGAACAGACCCGAGCGCUGGAGGCAGCAAGCGAGAGAAGAAAAAAAGCGGCAGACAACGACCCGAGGCGAAUCGAGAGGACGCAAGGAGAGAGACACCGGCGCAGCCCGACACCGCGCGAGGGAGGAAGAAAGAAUGGAGAAAACAAGAGGAAACAGAACAGCCAAGAGCGCGAGAGGCCGAAAGGGAGAGAGCACAACCCGAGGGAGGGACCAGGACCAGGGCGAGAGGACGAGCGACAGAGAGAGAAACCCUCUGAAAAGUCAGAACGUGAAAGACGCCGACUCCGGAGCGCGAGCUGCCGCCAGGAGAGGAGCCACCCGGGCGCAGACCCGCGGGAGCUAGGGCCGCCAGAGACAGGCCACCGGCGCGACCGGACCCGCGCGAGGGCGGCCGCCCGUAGAAGACACCCGGCGGCCGCCAGACCCGACGAGGGAGGGACAGCCAGGAGAUAAGGCAACCCGCGCCGGCCCCGACCCGCGAGGCUGGGGCGGCCGCCAGGAGUAGAGACACCCGCGCCGAACGACCGCGCCGCGAGAGAGGCCGCAGGAGAGAGCCCACCCGCGGACCCGACAGCGGGACAGCGACCGCGAGCGGGCGGCGCGCCUAGGGAGAGAGCCUACCCGGCGACGACCCGACGCGCGCGAGCGGCCGCCGGAGAGAGCCACCCGUCGAGAACCCGACCCGCGCGCGGGCGGCCGGCCAGGAGAGAGCAUCCGCGCGACACCGGACAACGGAAAGCAGGACCAGCGAGAGAGCGGACGAAAGGAGAUAGCAAAACGCGACGACCGACAAGCGCGCGAGGGCCGCCAGGAGAGAGAACACCCGCGCAGCAUCGAACAGCGCGCGAGCUGCGCCAAUGAGAGGCCACCCGCGCGACCAGACCCGCGCACAGCGGCCGCAAGGAGACAGCCCCCGCGCCGCGACCCGACAACGCGGGGGACAGCAGGCCCCGGCGCGAGCGGCCGGCAGGUAGAGGAGAGCACCCAGCGAGACCGGAAGGGAGGACAGCCGACAGGGGGGGGGGGGCGCGCGAGCGCGCGCUCGCGUAGAGCGAGGAAGACUGCUGCGCGAGGAGAGAGGCGCGAAGGAGAGAGCGCGCGAGCGAGAGAGCGCGAGAGAGAGGCCGAGGGAGAGAGAGAUAAGCACGCAAUGAAGAAGAGAGAGCGAAGCGCAGAGCGAGCGCGAAAGAACAGAGAGGGCGGACGCGCGAAAGGAAGUCCAUAACUCUCUCCUCUCCUUCUCUCUGUUAUGAUGUUAGGGUCUAAGUUAAGAUCACAUGGAUCUCUGAACCUAUGAUCUCUCCGGCGCUUGGAAAAUCUGGGGAGUCUACAGAGCCUCUUGCUCUCCAGAUGAUAGACUGGGAGGAGAUAGAAGAUCUGUCAACCCCAAGCCACAAUACCGCUCCGCACUCGUCCUGAACUCGUUUCGUGUUCCAGCGAUUCAUCUUUGUUGUUGUAGGUAAGAAGCCCUGCUUCAAAAGAAGCUCCUAUCAUUGAAUUAUCUUAAUCAAGCACAAUCUCAACCUCUGGAAAAUCAUCUCCCGUGCUUCGGUAUUUAAUAUUAGAUGCAUCGCUACUCGACUAGCGCGAAUCUAGCUCGAUCUCUCGUAUAUCUAUCUCUCUAUCUCUCUCUCUCUCUCUCUCUCUCUCUUUUUUCUCUGUAUCUAUCUAUUCUCCCUCUUUUCCUGUCUCUCUAUCUUUCUGCAUUAUAUAUCCACCCUCUCUCCCCUACCCUCUUUCUAUCUUUCUGCAUUAUAUAUCGCUGUCUCCUGAGUGGCGCAGUGGUCUAAGGCACUGCUUCGCAGUGCUAACUGUGCCACUAGAGAUCCUGGUUCGAAUCCAGGCUCUGUCGCAGCCGGCCGCGACCGGGAGACUCAUGGGCGGCGCACAAUUCGUCCAGGGUAGGGGAGGGAAUGGCUGGCAGGGAUGUAGCUCAGUUGAUAGAGCAUGGCGUUUGCAACGCCAGGGUUGUGGGUUUCGAUUCCCAAGGGGGGCCCAGUAUAAAAAAAAUAAAAAAUAAAAAUGUAUUCACUAACUGUAAGUCGCUCUGGAUAAGAGCGUCUGCUAAAUGACAAAAAAUAAAAAAAAAUAUAUCCACCUACCCUCUCUCUUUCUGCAUUAUAUAUCCACCCUCUCUUCCUUUUGCUCUCUCAUAAUAUUUAGUGGUAUCACUCUAACCUGAGACCAAUGUGCCCUUAUGAGUGUUGAGCCCAGGUUCAGAUCUUCCCUCUGGUCAACAUGCCUCAUCACUCCAAAUGAGGAUAGAGCUCUCUGUCCCUUUCAAUUACUGUUAGGAUUAAUGCUAGCGUUAGCAGUCCCUCUACAUUAGUCAAGCUGCUGACUGAUGCUAGCUAUGAAUGAGUCAGACAGCAGUAAGCGAUGUGCAGAUCGCAGCUAUCAUUCACCUGGAUCAUGUCUGAGGGUUUUCACUGGUGGGAGAAGAUGGUGAUUUCCUGGAAUAUGAGAAAAAUUACAAUUCUGUGUUACUCAAUUCAGCAUUAUAAUGACCAUGGAAGUCUUCUUCUUCUUCUUCUUCUUCUUCUUCUUCUUCUUCUUCUUCUUCUUCUUCUUCUUCUUCUCUUCUUCUUCUUCUUCUUCUUCUUCUUCUUCUUCUACACUUGCCCCCCCCCGCCCCCCUUACACAAUACACAUGUAUAUUUCUGACUAUAAAUUGUACCUUUCUGUAUUAUACUGAUGCUAAAAUGUUUAUUCUAUUCUACUGCCAUUUACUUUAUGUUUGUUUUCUUAUUUUUUACUAUUUAUUUUUGUUGUUGCAUUGUCGAAAAGGAACCUGCAAGUAAGCAUUUUGUUGGAUUGUGUAUGACAUGCAUAUCCCCUACUGUACAUAGGACUAAUAAAACUUGAAACUUGAAACUUCUUCUUCUUGACCACUUGUGUCCAUUCCUUAUUUCUCCUCCUCCUUUAAUGGCCUCUCUCAGAUCCCAGAUGACAGGGUUCUGUAGAACAUGAAAGAGGACAAGGCAGGCCAAUGGAACAAAUGAGUGGAUGAGUGAUGGUGUCAGCGAUGGCUUUAAUGUUAGAUAGAGGAGAACGGGAGAUGUUCACAGACGGCAUGCUUUUCUAUCGCUCUGCUUGAAAAGGACACAUCAUUCUCUUUCUCUCUAUUCUUGUGUUCCCUCUUUUCUUUCUCUCUGUUUCUACUCUGUUCUCUCUUUUUCUCUCUCUGUUCUCUCUGUGUUCCAGUCUGUCAGCAGGACAGUGAACACAGCCACGACAGCUCUAUCAAAGGACUGCCGCUCGGUUAUCGAUUACUCCUGUCUGUCGCCCUACAAUCAUCAAAGGCCAUUGUCCAUCUGUUGAUGCUGCCUUCGCCAUCCCUUUGUUACAAAUGCUUUUGAUUGUCAGUGAACCCAGAUCCAGUAGUGAUGCCUGCAUAACUUUAAUAAAACCCAGAUACUCUAAACGGUUGGAACAUUUCCAAGACUGUUUUGUUUUUUGGAUUGGCCAUGUUGUGUGGAGAGAAAUAGUAAGAAGUGUGCUCAACCAAUUACCUCAAUUGUUGUUUGUUUUGCCCUUGCUGAUGUGUGAUUGGUUUAUUUCUGCAGGGGGUGGAGUACAUCCAAGCCUAUGUCCCAGACGCUGUAUGGUUUGACUAUGAAACGGUGAGCUUCCUGUCUACUACCUUCUGCUUCCUGCCUAGAAAGACAUGAAUAAGGAGUAGACUAUUUACAAGACCUUUACACAAAGUACACCGGAGAAGAGAACCACUGCUGUACUAUUUCAUUCAGAUACAGAGAGAGAGAGAGAUACAGAGGAAAGCUGUAGGAAGACGGACAGAGUGACUAGAGAGAGAAUCUCCCUGUCUCAUAGAUUAAAGAGGUGUUGAGAUCCUGCGGGAGCUUAUUUGGGCGUCAUACAGCUGUGUAAAGAGCUUCUGAUCAGAUGAGAGUUUAGAUUGGUUGCCUCGCUGCUGGGCCUUGUCCUGGUUGGUCCCCUGGGGUUAGGGGGGGCGGGAAGAGGAUUGGGUGCGGUGCAAUCAAUUAGGAGAAAAAAAAGGUACCUGACAGGGAGAGGAAAGAAGGCGAGAUGAAAAGAGGGGGAAAAAACGGAGGGGAACAGGAGGAGAGACGUUGGAGGAGAGGAGAGGAACAGGAGGAGAGACGUUGGAGGAGAGGAGAGGAACAGGAGGAGAGAUGUUGGAGGAGAGGAGAGGAACAGGAGGAGAGACGAUGGAGGAGAGGAGAGGGACAGGAGGAGAGACGUUGGAGGAGGGGAACAGGAGAGACGAUGGAUGAGAGGGGAGUAAAAGGGAGGAGAGAAGACAAAAUGAGAGGAGAGGAUAAGAGGAAUGAGGAGGAGGGGGAGAGUGGAGGAGGGGCAGAAGUGGAGCCCUCCUUAGCACUGACAAUGAGGCGAUAAGAUCUGAAAUUACUUCUAGACGCUCCAGUGACUCCCUGCUCUCUCUCUACCCCCACAUCCCAGAUGGAGAAUAUAGAAUAGAGAGAGAGAGAGAGGAGGAGAGGAGGAGAGAGAGAGAGGAGAGAGAGAGAGAGAGAGAGAGAGGAGAGAGAGAGAGAGAGAGAGAGAGAGAGAGAGAGAGAGAGAGAGAGAGAGAGAGAGGGAGAGAGAGAGAGGAGAGAGAGAGAGAGAGAAGAGAGAGAGGAGCUCUAAAUUGUCCUGGGCUGGUCUGAACAUUCCGUCCUUAGGGUGUUAGAAAUUAACUGAGGUUUGGAAUUUUGCUUUGAGCUGCUGUAGUGUGUAAGUGUGAGAAUGAGGAAUACCCUCCAUGGACAGAGAUAGGCAAGGGGACAUUAGGACAAUAAUCUCUCAACCUCUCACUCCAUCUCUCUCUUCAAUAGAGGUACAUUUACUGCAUAUUAUUCUGCCCUUUCUCUUGCCCAGCAUGCAUUAUGUCGUACUGUUCAACUAGUUGAUUAUUUUCCCAUUGACCAAUCAGGAAGUGCGAUUUACAGCCCGUAAGCAGCAUGUUGAGAUGUACCUGCCUGCAGACAAGCUUGGUUUACACAUCAGGGGCGGAGCUAUUCUACCUAUUCAGAGACCUGCGGUCACAACUGUUUACAGGUACACACACCCCACGAAUGAUUGCACGGGCAUGCACAGUAUACUUAAGCACAAGAAGGCCAGAGGAAUGCCUGGAUACAGCCCUUAGCCGUGGUAUGUUGGCCAUAUAUACCGCAAACCCCCGAGGUCCUUAUUGCUUAAGUAUACUGUGUCUGCUAUUAUAAAAUGGUUACCAACGUAAUUAGAAUAGUACAAAUUAUUGUUUUGUCAUAACCAUGGUAUACUGUCUGAUAUAACACGGCUUUCAGCCAAUCAGCAUUCAGGGCUCGAACCACCCAGCUUAUACAUAUUCAUAAACAACUUCAAAGGGGUUCAUUUCCCUUUUUAUUUUAGUUCCUUGAAAAAGUUGUGACGUAUGUGUGUGUGUUCCCCUCAGUCGGCGUAACCCCAUGGGUCUGAUCGUUGCGCUCGACGACAACAACACAGCAGCAGGAGAGCUAUUCUGGGAUGACGGAGACUCUCGAGGUAUUUCUACAAAGUCAGAUGGAGUUAGUCAGCGUGUACAUGUGUGUCUACGUGUGUGAGUAUGUGUGUGUGUUUAUGUACAUACUUGUUUGUGUGUAUGUCUACAGGACCUGCAUCCCGUUCUGCCAUAGGGAAUCGUAUCAUCUACUUUGUCUCUAUAAUUUCACCCAGAGAAACUGUUAUCAUGGGAAGAGUUAGACUUCAGUCGUACAAUCUAUCAUGGUAGCCCAUUCACACUGCUCAGUAUGGAGGUCAAUUACUUUACUGGGUUUGGGCCACAAAAUACAGUUUUGAACCACAUGGUAAAAUUAUAUAAAGUAAUGAUGUUUAGCGGUGAUGAGACUACCUGGGAUAAAGAUGGACUGCACCAAAGGUCAUUUGUACGAGAAUGCUGAUUAGUGAUUAAACUAUAAUCUACGUUCUAUCUCUCUAUCGUUCGCUAUCUCCGCUCUCUCUCUCUCUCUCUAGCAUCUCUCUGUCUCAUCGCUCAUCUCUCUUUAUCUCUCUAUCUGUAGUCGAUCUAUAUCUUAUCUAUCUAAUCUUAUAAUCUCUCUUUCUAUAUCGUCUGUAUCGCUUCUCGUCUCUCUCUGCUCUCGGGAUCUAUCUAUCAUGCUAUCUACUCUGAUCUCGAUAUCUCUGGAAUCUCUCUCUCGAUCUCUCUAGGUAUAGAUCGAUCUAGAUCUCUCCCUCUCUCCUCUCGGAUCUCCGCUAGAGAUAUACUGUCUCCAGCUCUCUAUCUCGAUUGUAUCUCUCUAUUGUAUAUCUAUAGUUCUAGCCUCUUAUAGAUAUAGAAGAGAUCUAUCGGAUAGCUCUCUCUCGAUUCUAUCUCAUCUCUCUGUCUAGAUAUACUGGAUCUAUCUCCUCGCUCUCUCUCUCUCUCUCUUCUCUCUGUAUCCUUUCUCUCGUUGUAUAUCUCUCUCUCUCUGCUCUCUCGCUCCUCUCUACUCUCGCUCCUCUCCUCUUCUAUCUCUCUCACUCUCUCUCUCUCUUCUUCUCUCUCUUCUCUCUCUCUCUCUCUCUCUUCUCUCUCUCUCUCUCUUCUCUCUCUCAGAAAACCGUUGAGACUGGCAACUACAUGCACUACCAGUUCUCUGCUAACAAUGUAAGUAGAUGUUAUUUAUAAUACCAAAACAAUGCAAAUUUGACCUUAUGUCUGGGUGCAACCUCAUCCUACUCCUCCUGUAUGUUCUCUCUCUACAGGGCGUGUUGACCAUCCAGGUGAUGCAUUCUGGGUACAGUGACCCUAACAACCUGAAGUUUGAGAACAUCACCGUGCUGGGAGUCUCCAGUCGUCCCAUGACUGUCAGUGUUACCACCGGCAGCAACGUCAUCGUACAUCCUUUAGAAUAUGACACCAACAAGCAGGUAACCAAGGCCGUCACUGCUGUUGCUACCCAACAAGAGAGAACGACCUAUCCCCCAUCAGUCCUUUCUUUCUGUAUCCAUCUUACCUUAGUGAGAUACAGUAGUACAGAGAUACAAUGCCCAACAUAAGCAGUACACGAGGAUAAAUUAAUAUCCUUCUUUUCAAUAAGGAGGGGGAAGUCACAUUAACAGUUCAAGGUUAGUCUUCCAGAGGAAGAUAUGGAGGUAAUUGUUCAACAUUAUGGUCAGGAUAGAGGUAGCUCCUAACAUGGUAGGUAUGUAUGGAUGAAAGUGUUAGAUAUGUCUCUGACUGACAGAUCAGGCUUACCUACAGUAUAACCUGUCAGGAGGAAGUCUCUGUACUGGGGAGUGAUAGAGGGAGAGAGUGUGUGUGUGUGUGUGUGUGUGUGUGUGUGUGUGUGUGUGUGUGUGACUGUAUGUAUGUCGGUUCAAGUGCAAGCGCACAUGUAUUCAUACGUGUGUGUGUCCAAGGUCUCGCUGGGAGCAAUGAGGACACACUCAAACACACAUAUCAAAUGAGUGGUAGGUGAUUUAUUAAGGAUGAAGUGGCUUUGAGGCUAAACACAGGUGUGUCUGUCAUUUCCAUCAGCCUCUAACCUUAUAAACUGUGAAGGACUGGAUGGCCUGCCUUCCUUUCACACAUUCUAUAAUAAAUGCGCAUUUUACUUUAUAAAGACUAUUAUAAACUGGGUGGUUUGAGCCCUGAAUGCUGAUUGGCUGAAAGCGACGGUUCACUAUAUAUACACAAGUAUGUGGACACCCCUUCAAAAUGAGUGGAUUCGGCUAUUUCAGCCAUACUCGUUGCUGACAGGUAUAAAAAAUCGAGCACACAGCCAUGCAAUCUCCAUAGACAAACACUGGCCUUAUUGAAGAGCUCAUAGGAUGCCACCUUUCCAACAAGUCAAUUUGUAACAUUUCUGCCCUGAUUGAGCUGCCCCGGUCAACUGUAAGUGCUGUUAUUGUGAAGUGGUAACGUCUAGGAGCAACAACGGCUCAGCUGCGAAGUGGUAGGCCAUACAAGCUCACAGAACGGGACCGGCAAGUGCUGAAGCGCGUAGCGUAUAAAAAUCGUCUGUCCUCGGUUGCAACACUCACUACCGAGUUCCAAAUGGCCUCUGAAAGCAACGUCAGCACAAUAACUGUUCUUUGGGAGCUUAAUGAAAUGGGUUUCUAUGGCCGAGCAGCCGCACACAAGCCUAAGAUCACCAUGCGUAAUGCCAAGCGUUGGUUGGAAUGGUGUAAAGCUCACUGCCAUUAGACUCUGGAGCAGUGGAAACACGUUCUAUGGAGUGAUGAAUCACGCUUCACCAUUUGGCAGUCCGACGGAUGGAUCUGGGUUUAGCGGAUGCCAGGACAACGCUACCUGCCCGAAUGCAUAGUGACAACUGUAAAGUUUGGUGGAGGAGGAAUAAUGGUCUGGGGCUGUUUUUCAUGGUCGGGCUAGGCCCCUUAGUUCCAGUGAUGGGAAAUCUUAAUGCUACAGCAUACAAUGAUAUUCUAGAUGAUUCUGUGCUUCCAACUUUGUGGCAACAGUUUGGGGAAGGCCCUUUCCUGUUUCAGCAUGACAAUGCCCCCGCGCACAAAGCGAGAUCCAUACAGAAAUGGUUUGUCGAGAUCGGUGUAGAAGAACUUGACUGGCCUGCACAGAGCCCUGACCCAUCGAACACCUUUGGGAUGAAUUGGAACAAAUUGGAACGCCGACUGCAGGCAGGCCUAAUUGCCCAACAUCAGUGCCCGACCUCAUCUAUUGGAAAGCCUUCCCAGAAGAGUGGAAGCUGUUAUAGCAGCAAAGGUGGGACCAACUCCAUAUUAAUGCCCAUGAUUUUGGAAUGAGAUGUUCUACGAGCACGUGUCCACAUACUUUUGGUAUGGUGUAGUCGGGACCGUGUCCCACUGGUAGCCAAAAUGUAUUUUAUUUUUUAAAUUAGGGGUUGGAACCACAUAUGGAAAAGGGGUUGUUGGGGAAAAUUAACCAAAUACCACGGCAAAGGGUAUACAGACACUCUGGGGGUUGGGGUUUGGAUAAGAACGCCCUUAGCCAUAUACCAAAAAUCAGUGUUUUUGCUUUUAAAUAUACCUUCUCUCCUUUGUCCCCCCCCAUCCGCUCCCCCCCUUGUCCCCACCUCCCCUUCCUUCCCCCUCCCCCUCUCCCUCUUUGUCCCCCUCUAAACCUUCUCCCCCCUCUUCACCUACCCCCCUUUCCUUUACCCCCCCCUCCCCCCUUUGCCCCCGUUUUCCACCCCCUACGCUUUCAACCCCUCCCCUCUCCCCUCGGGGUCCCCUUAAAACCUAUUCCCCCCUUUCACUAAACCCUCCCCCCUUCAACCCCCCCCCUUCCCCCUUUUGUCCCCCUCCAUUUCUCCCCCUCUCUCACCUACCUCCCCCUUCCUUAAACUUCCCCCCUCCUCUCUUGGUCCUAGGUGUUGUAUCUGAGAGGUUUGGAUCUGAUCCUGGGUCAGAACUACACCGUGCGAUGGGACAAUGUCAUGCCAGAGACCCCGCGCUUUGACUGCUACCCAGAGCCCAACGGUGACGAGACCAAGUGUAAGGCCAGGGGCUGCAUCUGGGAGGUGGGUCGCAAACACACACACACACACACACACACACACACACACACAUGCACUCAGUUCCUCCAAAGGUAUUUAAUCAAAACACCUAUGUUGAUACUCUCUCCUGACCAGAUAUCUAGCAUUGAAGGCGUCCCGUGGUGUUACUACCCUGAGGACUAUGGUUACACCGCUACCACGGUGACAGAGCAACCUUCCGGCUGGAGCUUCGACAUCACACGGAACGCUAAGCUCCGGAGCAGCGGAAGACCGGAAUCUCCGGACAUAAGCACUCUCAGAGUGGAGAUCAAAUACCACAGUGCACACCUACUGCAGUUUAAGGUUCCCUCUUAUGGCUGACAUAUUAAAAUGACUCAGUAAGUGUAACAUGGCACUCAUCGCUCUCUCUCUCUCUGUCUCUCUCUCUCUCUCUCUCUCUCUCUCUCUCUCUCUCUCUCUCUCUCUCUCUCUCUCUCUCUCUCUCUCUCUCUCUCUCUCUCUCUCUCUCUCUCUCUCUCUCUCUCUCUCUCUCUCUCUCUCUCUCUCUCUCUCUCUCUCUCUCUCUCUCUGUCUCUCUCGGUCUCUGUCCCACUCUAGAUCUAUGACCCUAAUAAUAAGCGAUAUGAGGUUCCUGUCCCCCUUAAUGUCCCCUCCACCCCAGAGACAGAUGAGACCAAGAGACUGUACACUGUCCAAGUCAACAAACAGCCUUUUGGCAUCCAGGUCGUCAGAAAAAAGCACUGGCACAUUAAUGUGAGUUACCUCCCCCAUACCCAUACCCACAGUCGCAGAUUGAUAACAUCCCCACAGAUCUGAGCAUGCGGUACAAACAACGACUGUGAAGGAUGAAUUAAAACGCUCUCAUGUCCAAAUAUUCUCUUCUCUCCCGUUUCUCUAUCUAUCUCUCUCUCUCUCUAAUCUCUUAUCCCUUCAUCUCCCCUCUCCUAUGCUACUCUCCCUUCUCUUCCUCCCAUAUCUCUCUCUAAUUUCUCUCUCUCUACGAUUAUCUAUCUCGCUCUAUUUUAUUUCUCUCCUUCCCCUUCUCUCUAUCCCCUUCUCGUUUUGUCUCUCUCCCUUUUCCCUCCUAUCGUUUCUCUCUCUCAGAUGGGACUCAGCGUUGCCAGGCUUUACCUUCUCAGAUCUGUUCAUCCAGGUGUCAACACGUCUGUCUUCAGAUUAUGUCUAUGGCUUUGGAGAGACAGAACACACCUCAUACAAACACGACCUCAACUAUCAUACCUGGGGCAUGUUCGCUAAGGACCAGCCUCCUGGGGGAGUCGCACCCCACACGCACAAAAUGCACGCCCCACACACACACACACACACACCCACACACAAAACAAACCACAACACAAACACACACACACACACACACACACACAUACACACACACACAUGCACUGAUGCAAACACAGUAGACAUGACAUUUCAUGGAAAACUUCCUAUCAGUGUCUAAUGGAAUUUCCCCAGAUGGACCAGUUUGGUUUGCAUUGUGAUAAUGAUGACAGUCCUCCUGUCCUUCAUAAGGCUCAACACACGCAGGGCCAAGAAGUCUGCUCAUGUCAGCUUUGUCCUGUUUAAUUGCUGAGCUGUUAUGACAACUCCACAGGGUACUGCAGUGUGUAUGUUCCCCUCUUGAGCCUCUGCGUGUGCUCGUGCGUGUUUGUGUGAUUCUGUGUGUGUGUGUGCUCGUGCGUGUUUGUCUGAUUGUGUGAUUGUGAUUGUGUGUGUGUGCUCGUGCGUGUUUGUGUGAUUGUGUGUGUCGUCAUUACCUGUCAGUCCUUGUUAGCGGAUGAGCUAACAACCUUUCUCUUCUGAGUCAUGCCAUCACAUCACGUCCUAAUGCCACCAGGUCCUACACACACACAGCAGCGGAGACAGACAGAGGCAUACCUCAGAGCCAUUACUUCACACAUGAACACAUUCCUUUCUGUCAUGAAACAGGCAGUAAUGACUUUUGAUAUUCUCAGUGGUCCGCCACAGAAGGAACUCAGUAUCCAGUCUCUAUCUCUGCCUCCACUCAAAUUAACUCUGGGACUCUCUGAUCUAAUACAUCAUUUUAAUUUCUCUCUCUCUCUCUCUCUCUCUACUCUUCUCUAUCUCUCUCUCUCUCUCUCUUCUCUCUACUCUCUCUCUAUCUCUCUCUCUCUCUCUCUAUCUCUCUCUCUCUCUCUCUCUCUCUCUCUCUCUCUCUCUCUCUAUAUGGUAUCUCUCUCACUCCCUCUCUAUCGCUCCCUCUCUAUCUCUCUCUCUGUGUCUCUCUCUCUCCUGGUGCAGUAUAAAAUGAACAGCUAUGGUGUGCAUCCCUUCUAUAUGGGUCUAGAGAACACUGCCCAUGCUCACGGUGUACUACUGCUGAACAGCAACGCUAUGGGUGAGGACAACGCACGCACACACACACACACACACACACACACACACACACACACACACACACACACACACACACACACA